GUUCUAUGAAAUUAUUACUGUGACUCCGUUGGAGAGCAGUGAAGGGAAUACACACAGGACUUAUAUGAAAUAUGGAAUGGCCACUGACACUAAAUCUGAGGAAUAACUCUGCGUAACUGAAACGGUGAAGAAGAUAUUCAAUAUUUGGCAAUGGUAAGCACUUUCUUUUAUUAUUUUUUAACAUUUCUUUAACGUCCUUCAAGCUUACUUUUAGUGACUUCUAAAAUGGACUAUGUUUCCAGAUGUUUUUAAUUCUACAGUAGCUGCAGCUAGUCUCGUGUUAUUUUUAAUUAAGAAAUCAGCGAAAGAAUGGGCUUACUAUGUGAGUGCAGUAACAGUGCGGAAUAGGGUAGAAUGUUCUGUGAUAAAUCACAGGAUUCUGUCUCAAUGUGUGUUGUGGAUGGAGAUGUUUAACACAGGAGUAUUGAAAAACAUCUAAAGUUAGCUUAUUCUUAGAAGUUAUUAAAGUGUGAUGUAUAAUACUUCAAGCCACCAACACUUCAUUCAUGGCCAUUAACCCAUUGACGUGCCAGAUCUUAGUUACCUAUCUUUCUAUACAAGUCAGUUAGAGGCGCACAAUUAUUUUUAAUCACCUCAACAAGUGAUGUUAUGACAUUUGUUAUAGAGCAUCUGUACUUUCUGCAGAUAUAUAAGAAGAUAUACAGGAGUUAAUAAUAUAAAAUAUAUUUAAUAUUCAUACAUAACGACUUGGUGAAGGAUCAAAAUAUCUGUUUUCUUGCUGUGUAUGGUCUUUCAUCGAUAUAGUACAAAAAGCAACUUUAUUUAAAGUAGAUAAUACCUUUCCUCAAUUUGUGGAUCAUAUCUGAAAAAAGAAGCUUCUAUGAAGACGUGCACUCUAAAUCGGGUGAGCAAAUAAAUGUAUCAGAGUUACUGUCAUUUUUCCCUGAAAAAACAAGAUUAAAAAAAUGCAUACAUUUUCAAUUUGGGCAGACUUGCUGAGCCAUUUGGUACUUAUCUGAGUUAACAUUCCGCAUCCCACCAGUUAUCUACAAUGUCAGUGAAUACUAAUCAACUUAGUAACAGAGGUGGCCACAUUUUACCCAUCCUUCUGUAUGUAUGAUUUACACAGGACUGUCUGAAGGACAUGUAACGUACGGCAUAAACUGUGUUUUGGUUGGAGCUUGGAUACCUGCACAACUGGUAGAUUGUUGUACUUUGUGAUAACUGUAUAAUGGCUACUAUAUAUAUAUAUAUACUAUAACAGACAGACAUGCAUGCAGACUGAUAGACAGUAGAAAUCUUCUCUAAAAACUCUAAAGGGAGCCUGUGAACGGGAACAGAAAGUGAAAGGAAGGAGAAGGAAUGUGUUGCUGAAGUUGGCUGAUCUGUUCUGAUUGACAGCAAAAUGAUGCCGUUUGAAGUAUGGCAUACUUGUUUACAUCCCGCAGUUGAUUAUAAGUGGAGGUCUCUGAGAGAAGGACCAAGUGUGGCCAUUUCAUGAAUAUACUCCAAACACCAUAACCACUUCAGUUCACUUUAGUAGUUAUGGUGCUGCUAAGGUCCUGGACACUCCCACUCAGGAGUCAAACUGCUUUUGGUUUGACUUUAUAACUAGGGUCCACCAGAUGCCACUUCCUGCCUCCAUUACCAACAAGCUGGAACUUCUGUUAGCUCUAUCAUCUAAGCCCUGCGUGUGAGUGGUAGUGGUUGUGGUGCUUAGAGUGUUCCUUUUUUGCCAUGUAUUCCAAAGCUGGACAUUGUUUAAUUGAUAGUGUGUUUGUUUAUUUCAGUGAAUAUGUGACUCUAGCUAUACUUUUCUGAAUUGCUUGUAGUGGAGUGAAUAGGUAAUCAUGCCUGUUCACAUAUUUAUUGGUUUUGUUCUGUACUUAAGUAAUGUGUUUACUGUACUCAGACUGCAUUUUCUCUUGUCUAGAGAGUUUCCAAUUUUCCCUACCAUCUAUAGCGUCUGUAGUGUUAUAUUAUCUGGAGUUUUAUUUGCAAUAACUGAAAAUAUUGAAUAGAACACUGGCAAUGUUUUCUGCCCCUGUAUGUUACUAGUGUAGGGUGAAGGAACAGACUGUUGUUUGGCCAUUAUUUUCUUCACUAUUAUGUUGACAAUGACAAAAAAUAUAUUUUUAUUUUUGAAAUUUUGGUGAAGUAUGAACUUUAUUUGGUGAGAUUCAUCUUAAUGACAUAUCAAUUUGGAAUUUUCAUUGUUAUUGUAUUUUACAAGCAUUUUUUAUCCCCAGCCUAAGACAGACAAGUAAAUAAAAGCUCUAGAAAUAGGUUUCAUUGAUCAGUAAAAAAAAAUCUAAAAAAGGUGUCUCAUGUUUAUGUACUGUAUAGUAAAGAUUCUUUAGAAAUUACUAACCAAUGCAUGUCAGAAAAAUAAAACAUCACUCUAAUACAAUAAAGACAGGAAGUUGCUCACUGAGUUCAAUCCCUAUUUAACCUUUGUAAAAUGUGCAAACUGCUAUAACUGGUUAGAAAUACAACAUUUAUUACUGUAAGUCAGAUGAUUAUCUUAAUAUUGCAUCCACUGAAAACGUCUUCCAGCGUAAAGAUUCCUGAAAAUAAAAUUAGAUGUAGAUGGAUUAUCACUCAAACCCAGUGAUUAUUUACCUACCAAUCCACCUGUCCAUCCACCCAAUUUAAAGGGACACUAUAGUCACCCAGACCACUUCAGCUCAAUGAAGUGGUCUGGGUGCCAUGUCCCCCAGGUUUUAACCCUUCAGAUGUAAACAUAGCAAUGCUAUGUUUACAUUGCAGGGUUAAUCCAGCCUCUAGUGGCUGUCUUCCUGACAGCCGCUAGAGGCGCUUCUGCGACGCUGGAUGCGAAAAUCGAACGUCCAUAGGAAAGCAUUGCUCUUGCCACGCAUGCAUAUUCCGCUCCACUCGGGAGCUGAUGUUGACGAGGGGAGGAGACGUCACCAGCGCCAGGAUUAAAGUAAGUAACUGAAGAGGUUUUAACCCCUUCAGCGCCAAGGGAGGGGAGCCCUGAGUGUGGAGGGGACCUAAGGGUUAUAUAGUGUCAGGAAAAUGAGUUUGUUUUCCUGACACUAUAGUAAUCCUUUAAUAUGUUCUAUUUCCAUAAACUAAAAAUAAACAAAAUAUAGGGGAGAGCGCACCAGAAAUAAGUAAAAUAUUAUCAUAAAUAAAAAAUGUUUCAUGACGGGAAAUAAAUGUAAAAACAGACCAUAGUAUAGUAUAUUACAAAUUCACAAUUAAAUAAUAUGAAUGUGGUUAUCCAACUCACAUGUUACUGAGCCACAUAUAGUAGGCUCAGAAUUUUAAGGCUCCAGUCAGAUAUCACUUUUAUAGUUCUCUGGAUUCUACCACAGCAGAUUUAUUUGCAGGAUCUUCUUCAUACUUUAUUUGAAUAAACAAGCAUAAGGAAAACUUGCAAUUAACAUGUCUUUUAUUGAGAAUAAAAUACAAUUCAAACCGAACAUAAAAAAAUGUAUAACAAAUAGCACGAUGUGUUUCGACAGUAGGUUUUCUUCAUAGAUAUAGUUUGGCAAGUCCUCUAUAUUUAUAGGCUGGUUGGCGCGCUUUCUGGACUCCUGCUUCCUCAUCUAUCCAUUCUUCUUUUGGCAUCCCUUUUUGAGAUCUAAUAUUAUUCCACAUGUGCUUGGCACAUCCUUGUUGCACUUCUGUUAGGGCGCCAUCUUUUCUUCAGUUAUUGUCAUAAUGUUUAUUAUACUCAUUGGCAAACUGACUUUUUUCAUAUGCUUUAUUAAUCUAGUCCAUAUAGAAUCCAAUAGUCUCUUUAAACCAGGGGUGCCCAAAAGGUAUAUUUCCAGAGCUAUAACUCCCAUGAUGCUAGGCAUGCCUUUAGAAUGACAAAGCAUCAUGGAAGGUGUAGUUUUAAAACAUCUGGGGACCUACAUUUUGGGCACCCCUGCAUUAAACAAAAUAAAUAGAGGCAAGUAUUCAAUUCUCUCUAAAAAGUUAACAACAUAUUGUUAAAAAUAAUAAAAAUACUCACACGUUUGACAAGAGAUAUAAUUUAACAAUAUAAUUAAAAUUACCACAAUAUAAAUAUUAUAGUUGAAAAUUCCAUUUCAUUUCACUUAUACUUAGAUUAAAUUCUUUAUUGCCUCCUCUCCAGUGAGUUUUUACCUGUUCUAUACCAACAAACAUUUAAAGCUAUCACCAUUAUGGAACUCAGCAAACUUGAAUUAUAUUUUUCAUAUUAAGGUAAUAAAACUUUUAAUUUUAUAUUUUUUAUUCAUUUAAAAAAAACUAAUUUUCCUGAUAGCUUUUUCUUUUCAAUGAUUAGAUCUACAUCCCAUACAAUUUCCACAAUGUUAAAAACCUAUCUUGUCACUGAAAAAUUCUUUAAAAUCUCAUUUUUUAUCUAAAGAAAAAUCUUUCUUGCCACUCCUUAAAUAAACUUCGAUCUUCCCCCUACAAUAUUGGCAAUAUCAUUGUCCUGUAUGAAAUGCACCAAUUCCUAUUUAUAAGUUUGCAUAGGUCCUUGUUAUUAGAACUAAAAUUAAUUAAUAAAUGGAACUUCUAUUUUUAUCUUGUUGAUUGAUCUUCAUUUUAAAUUUAGUAGUUGUUUCCCAUCUUUUUUGCAAACUUUUCAACGUACAUAAUCUAAAAAGUCGGGUUUAUUACCUUUUUCCAAAAUAAUUUUUUUUAAAUUACUGCUUCUUUAUUAUAUUCUUUAACUUCUGUACAAUUUUGCUUUAUGUGAAAGUUAUCCUUUUGGUAUGUUAUCAAGCCAGGGUUUAAAAUUACAGCUUUUUAAAUCAAUAACCUAUUUACAUCCACUUGUUUAAAAAAAAGAUUUGACUUUUAAUUUCAUCAAUAAAUCUAGUAUAUUGGGGCAUUUAACAUUUAUUUCAUAAUAUAGUAUAAUGUUCCAGUCAUUUUUAUUAAACAAAUUUUUAACAAAUCUAGUAGAGAACUUUAACUCCCUUUCCAGAUAAAACAUUUUUUAAUCUAUAUAUCUUUUCUGAAGGAGCAUGUUUAGCCCCCAGCCAUGAUUAGAAGAAAAAAAGUAAUUUUCCCCAUAAGACAUAAAUAAAUUAGCAAGGCUUUGGGCAAACGUGGUACCCAUACCUGUCCCCCUGAGUUGUAAUAACAAUUAUUUUCAAAUCAAAAGAAUCAUAUCAAUUCCAUCCAAAAUGAAAGCAUCAGUGUUUGUACUUUAUUUUAUUUAUUUUUUGAAACAUUACUUUUCUCAUUACUGAUGAUCGUAGCCAAUCAAAUGCUUACCCAUUGGGAAGCAUUGGAAGGCUUCUGCAAAUGCAUUAGUUUAAUGCAUAUCUUUAGUGAGCAUUGAAUGUCUUCAUGCAGAUUGUGAAGGCACUGAAUAUUGGAUCUGCAAAGAUUGGAGAACCACAUCAGGAAGGGCCUCCAGUAGCUGUCAGAGCAUGUUUAAGAAAAAAGAAGUCUUUACAUUUGAGAGACUGCAGGAACAGUGUCUUUUUUAAGAACCACAACAUUAAGCUGUAGUAGUUCUGGUGUUUAAUCGGAUACCGUAUUUGAUAACCCUUCCAUUUACCAUAAUAUGAAAUUAAUCUCAGAUGGAUCGAGGUCUAAACACUGUCAAGAACAUUUUUAGGGUGAACUGAAACCCCUGUCAUGCUUGUGGAACCACCUUGAGAUUUAGGCAAACAUUUGGACAUGGCAAAGGAUCCUAAUGAAAGUAUUUCAGUUUUAAGUAAAUGGAAGAAUUUAUAUUACGUUUAAUUGGUAUGAAAGGAUCUUUUAAUUUAUGCCAAAACAUAUUCCCCACAACAAUACGCCCAGCUGAUGUCCUUCAGUUUACAAUACUGAUAUUAAUCAAUAUAGUUCCUUUUGUAUUGAUGUUACAGCAAAACUCGAGACUCGUCAAUUCAGGUAAAAUUUUUCCAAUCAUUUUUUGUCCAGUUCUGGCAGUUGUAUCCACUUUAGUCUCAACGGAAGCAGAACCACACUUAGUUUUCUUCUGCUUUAGCUAAUCCAGUCCAGGUCUGAUUAAUUGUGCAUUCAGAGAUUCCGUUCUGCAUGCCAGUGUUGUAAAGAGUGGUUAUGCAAGCAUUCUGUCCUUUCUGUCAGUUCAAACAAAUCUGCACAUUUUACUCCCACCUCUUCAUCAUUAACAGGGUGCUAUUGUGCACAGAACUGCUGCUGACUGAAUGGUUUUGUCUGUCAUACCAUUUUCUGUAAUCUCUAGAGGCUAUGGUCCUUGGAUAUCCAUGAGGUCAGAUAUUUCCUGGAACCACCAUAUCUCUUACCAACAAAUCAUACUACUGUUAAAGUCGCUUACAUAACUUGUCUUGCUAAUGUCAACAGCUGAAUAUCUUGAGCAUAUCUGCAUGCGCUAUUGAGUUGCAGCAAAGUGAUGCACUGUUAAUUUAUAAAGGAGUGCGUAUGCCCAAUAAAAUGGUCAAUGAGUAAUUAUAUACAUGUAGACACAUAUUAAGCCACAGAUGCAAUGUGAAACAAACUCAUGCAUGGCAAUACACUCAUGAUGCUGUUACUUAACAUCUGUAAAAUAUUUUCUACAUUUUAAGAAAAAUUAAACAAGAGAGGCAUAAUUUUCCAUUAUUUCCAUUUAGUACGCAGAACUUCUAAGACCAAGUUCUAUGACUAUGGCUGAGUUUACUAUGUCAGGAAAAGUGUCAUAACUAAGGCCUUUAGGUCCAGAGCAGAUUUUAGCUUUUAGUGACCUCAGGUGGCUGCCUUGGACCCAGUGGUUACACAGGGGUACCAGAACGAGGAAUUUCCUUGGCCCCAUUCAUGUGAAGAAGGUGGGAGAGGGGGCAAACUGGUAACUUUCCAAAGGCCCCGUGGGAUAUUAAACUUUCUCUAUUAAUGUAAUUUAAAAACAUGCAGAUCACUUCAAAUUAUUUGAAAACUAUAAAACAGAAAAGUUGUAGAAAACUGGAUUACUUAUUCCUGUAAAUAUGGUUUUCGACAUCUGUCAUUAGAUGAAAAAAACAUACAUUUUAAAAACAGCUCUGGUUGAAUCUUGACUUUCAGUAUAUUCUAUUAUAUGACAAUGGGAACGAUGUAGCUAUGAUUCAUGUAAAAAGUUAUGUAGCUGGGAGUUUACAUAUGUGAUGUUGAUAGCCAAUUCCCUGAAUGUUGAAUGGCUUGUUUGUGAGUUAAUCUCAGUGCUGGGGAAGCUGAAGAUGCACCCCAGUUACCUUUUAGAGGUGGGAUAAGUGUAAAUUGACAUAGGUAAAUGGAUAUAUUGACUAAACAGCCAGGUAUGGUGAGUUUAGAAUGUUAUUUUCACAUCACAUCAGCUUCCUGUUAAGCUAACUUGGUUCCUCACCUUAGGUGUAGCUGCAUAAAAUAUUUUUUCUACUGUCAAUAUAUAUAUAUAUAUUUAUACAUGUAUGCGUUUUUCCUAUGAAGAUAAAUAUCAGUUAUUUAGACUUUAUUAGUAUGCUGUAGUUUUUAUGGUGCCAGGAUUGGAGAGCUGCAGUGCACUACAAUGCAGGCUAGCUCAUUUGUUGAGAGCUUCAGUUGAUCAAUCUCAGCCCGUGAGCUAUUAGUGGAGGAAGGGAGCAGUUCCUACAUUACUCUGGUAGGAUGUGAAACUGUUAAAAAUGAAGGGGUACCAGGGCAUUCCUAGCACCAUAACAACUACGUGCUCUAUGUUGCUUGUAUCUUACAACUACUGUGUCUGCAAAAUUAAAAGAUACUAUUAUCAUAUUUAAUUAUUUUGUUCUACAUCCAGAUCACAUAACUUUGCCUUAGGACUUUGCCUUUUGUGCAUCAGAUGUUUCUAGUAUCCUGUGGUCACAUCAGCUGCCCAUGAAGUCCUAGCUAUCUAUGGCAGGCCAGAGGUGUCUGUUAAGGUGAAAUUCUAGCUGAUGUCCUUGGUUUGCCCCACUGAUUAGUCCUGUUACUCUGCCCUGCUCUGUAACAUGUGUUAAAAUUGCAAGCCUUGCCUUAGAUGGGCAUCCAUCAUUUUCCUAUUGUUUGUCUUUCUAAAGCAAUACUGGUUGCUCAAUACCAUUUUAUUUUGGCAUUCCUUGUUUCUGUUCUAGGUCUUCUUCUGUUCCCACUGUACACUGCUGCUCUGGGUGAUCUGAUCAGUUUCUUCAGGUUUCAGUAACAUAUUUGUGUUCAUGACACCCAUAUCUUCUUUUUCCCUCCCUUAACUUUUCCUUUACAUUGUAUUACCAGCUUCCUCUCCUCCAUCUCUGACUAGAUGACUCCAAGACUUCUCUAGGGCUUGCGCCUGGCAGAUUUCAAUUUCCAACUCAAUUAGACUUUCCACUAAUCUUCAUCAAUCAUUAAAAACCCAUUAUUUUAUGUAGGCAUAAUGCCAAUCCAAUUAAUGUAUUUACUGUCUCAUGUUCCUGCUUUUACUAGUAUUCUACCUUAAUUAUAUAAUAUUGCCAGACUACACUGCUAAUACACUUAGAAAUGCACGUGUACUCUACCGUUACCUUGUGUGUAAGUUUACCCACUUCCAUUAGAUUGCAAGCUCAUAUCAGCAGAUCUCUCACUACCUAUGUUUUAUAAAGAGACACUGCAGGCACUGUAACUAAUUCAUCUCAUUACUGUGGCUAUAGUAUCAGAAGUUCCUUUGUUCUGUCCUUCCAUUUUUCAUUAAAAAGAUACUCCAACCACCAUGACCACUUCUGCCUUUAGAAGUGGCCAUGGUGCAAGCAUGCCACAAAUUCAAACACACACACACUAUAUCCACUACAUAUACAUAUGUAGUGGAUAUAUAUACACAGACACACACACACACACACUACAUCCUUAAACACACUCUUACACACACUUCAUCCCUUACACACACACACUGCAUCCACUAUGCACACCCUGCAUCCUUGUCAGUGGCUAAAAUUAUAACACCGUCCCUUUUUAUUAUUAAAUAUAUAACUAACAAUAUUAGUGAUUGACUGCAUUACCAUGUGGCUCAAUGUCCUAUGAUUAAAAGUCCUUAUGACCAAAAGUCCUGUGAAUAAAUGUAUACAGACCAUUAGCUCUAUCACUGAUAUAACAAUAUACACAUCAAACUGAGAAAUAUUGAUCAAAAGGAAAUUUAAUUAUUUUAUGCAGGGUUUUUGACUAAAGUCUGAAAGGCUAAAGUAAUAAAAUGGGGCAAAAUCACUUGGCUGCAUACAAGGUCAUUCGGACUGCAAAAUGCAGAAAGCUUCAAAUCUGGACUCAGAUUUUUAAAAAAUCUAUUUACCCACUGCCUGCGCUGACCUUGUGAAUGUAUGAAUAGGAUGGAAUCUUGGCUUUAAGGGAAAGGUUCAUGUGGGCUUCUUUGGCCCUGAAAUGGAUAGCAAACACCAGAGAUGAGGGACGUGCUAUGUCCAUCUUCUAAUCUCAAAUAUUUAUUUAGAUCCAUACAUAUAGGCUGGGGAUGUCUUGUCCAUAUUUCUCUGUAUUUGCUUGUUUUAUGUUCUUAUUUUAUUUAUUUUAUAUAUUUUUUUUCUUUAUAAUAAUUUUAUAUUUUUUUUUGUACAUUGCUUUAUGUUGGUUAGUAUUGAAAAUUAAAUUAAAUUUAUAUAGGAAAAAAAGCAACAGCAUACAGUUUACAUUUCAAAAAUAUAAUUCUGUCACGUUAAUUUUCACUAUAUAAUUUCCUUUUAAGUUUUAUGCUUAAAUGACACAUAUCCCAUUAUUGUAUAUUCAAAUUAGAUAAACAACUUACAAAACAGACCUUUUAUGUCUCAGUUAUGAAGUGCAGCAUUGAUGAACAUUGCCUUGCCCACGCCAGUCCUACUACAUAAGAACUUAAAGCCAACAUUCACUCUCCUACAGACUGUGGUCUCAAAUACUCAUAUUUAGAAUGCCUGCAUUGGUUUACAAAGAAAUGUUUUGUUAAUCAUGAGAUUGUGUGUGUCAGACAUAUGACAUGCAGUUCAGAACUUGCAAACCUUAGAGGGGGUCAGAUUCAAUUUCAUUCAAAAGAGAACAUUUAAAGCUUUUUGAUUCUAAUUUUAAAGGUAGUUUUUAGAACAAAUCUCAUUCUUAUAAAGUCUAUUUCAUUAGCAAGGUAUCUAUCUGUCUGUCUGGCUGUCCGGGUGGCUGGCUGACUGUCUAUCAUUACAAUUAAACAUGUAACUAAUUUUACACGAUCACCUUUGUAGCGGACUCUGGGUAACCCGACUGGUUACCUCUGCUAGUUCUCCUCUCAGCCAGAUUGGUACCGUUGUGUGAUUAAGCUCGUAUCCCCCCAGUAACUAGAUGAGGCAUAGUUCUGGUAGUCAUCUGAUUUAUUCAGGCCAAACACUCUUAAUUUAUACACAGACCCCCAGCAUGGGGUCUCCAUACAGUAACACAGCAAGCCACUUCCUGUCGUCCCUUUGUCUUGGAGAUAAUUGAGUCAGAAAACUAUAACUCAAUUAUCUUUACGUUACAGGGAAACAUACAGAAUAUUUAUAAAAUUCCCCAAUAGUAUCCCCAAUAUUAACAGGAACCCCCCCCAACCUGGCCAAAUAGUGCUCCGAUCCAUUCGGUAGAAUAGAAUCGCCACUGGGGUAAAGAGCUGACCGGCUGGUCACGAUAGCCCAAAAAAGUUCCAUGGAAAUGGUCUCUGUUUGGGGGUUCCUGUGCAAACACCGUACAAGGUAUUCUCCUGGUUUCAGGGAGCAAAUGCUCCCCCCAGUCGGUAGUUCAAAUCUCUCGAACGUUGUUCGAAUAGCUGGUCAGGAAGUGGGGUGGGCAGCAGUACAAUCUUUGACGGGGUUCGUGCAAGUGCAUGGGGAUGUCUUGUCCAUAAUAAGAGUUCCAGGCACUCGACGACUAAGUACCGCUGCCUGCGUUCAGGAGACAAAAUGACUAGGAGACGCAUUCAUUUAUUAUUUUGCACUUAAGUUAACCGGUGUUAAAGUUCUAAUGGUGUGGUCCUCGUUCAGGAGUCGAAUACAGCGGGUAUAACUCCUGAAAAUAUGAACGAUUAAAUAGUCGAAAGAAACAAUACGUUCCGCCACAACCUUCAUAGUGCAUUUCAGAUCACAAGUCUUUCCUGUUUUCCUUUUUUUCCAAACUCUCUUAUUCUGAAUGGGUCCCUACAUCAUGGCAGAACCACCACCAUGUUUGGUUUGUUAGAGAGAGCUGCAAUUCUUGACAGAAGCUUUUAAAAGAGCACAAGGUAUAUAGAUACAUACUCAAAAAACAAGGAAGGCCACUCAUAGGAUUUGCUGUAGAAAUGUAGAAUAUUUAAAGGUACACUAUAGGAUCAGGAAGACAAAUAUGCAUUCCUGACCCUAUAGUGAUAAAACCACUAUUUAAAUGGCUUGCUCCCCUUUACCCCACUAAAGGUAAUAAAACUUACCUUAUUUAUAUUUUUUGUCAUUUUGUCUUUGGAUCUUUGUUUUUCUGGAUGGGCUGAAGUAUAUGUGAUUUGGACAGGUUGCAGGACAAUGAGAUAGUACCCCAGGAACUUUACUUAAUAGAUUUUCCAUCUCUCUGUGCCCUCAGAGUAUUAGAGCAUUUACCUCAGUGCAUAUGAGAACUGACAGGCAGUAUUUUAUAUUGUAUAUGUAUUUAUUUGCACUUUAUAUUAUGUGUAUAGGUUUACAGGUAUUAUGGUGGUUUGGCACUUAGCACUUUAUAUUGUUAUAUGCACUUUCUCUUUGGUGGACAGGCUAUUGAGCUGUUGUGUCUAAUUUUUUGUCUUAUUUUUUUAUUAUUUUGUUUUAUAGGUUACUUUUGGACUUUACCAAUAGUAAAUCAUUUUGUAUUAAUAAACUAUAUUUUGCACAUGUUCUCAGAUUUUAAGUGUGGUAUCAUUUGGUAUUUGAUUUAAUGUAGUUCGGGGUCUUUGGAGGUGACCCCGAUACCUGCACCUAUGUGACUGAGUGCAAGCACACUUUGCAAGUUUUUGGUAAAAUUUUUUAGCUAUAGCCUGCUCUUUCAUUAAAUAAAACAGUGAGGAUUUUCCUACAGCAAGUCCUGUGAGUGCACUUCCUUUUUGUUGAUUGUGUUAGCUGGCUGGAAGUUGCAUUGGGGUAAAUCAUUUUAAUUUAUUAACAACAGUGCUAGAUACAUUUGACACAUUAUCAAUCACUAUUUAGGCAUUUAAAGAUACACUCUAAACCUCUAAUGCACUUUAGCUUGGUUUGGCAUGACAUGACUAAAAUUAAUAAGGGAUUGCUGUAACAAAUUGCUGUUUUGUCCAGGAUGGGAUGAAGCUUCUGGAAACAGCGAUACAUUAUAUGUUAUUCAACAUAAUACAGUUAGUUUUACAGGUGAUUUACCAUUAAUUGUAAUGUAAAAUAUAGGUUAGAACUUGUAAAAUGUUAGGGGUAAUGACAAGUGAAUAGAGUAUGAUUUAACUGGCACCGCUGAGUAUAUAGUAAAAGAAACGAAUAAACAGGAACAUUGAAAAGCAAAACUAAAGUAUUAAAAUAUUGGUGGAUUCAAAUCAGAAAUCAGUAAACUGGUUAGUAAAGAGUUGGAGAAGGCAGAGUUGGAGAAGUAAGAAUACACAUUUGUAUUCCUAACAUUAUAGGAUCCCUCUGCCCCCUCUCACCCUGCACCCCAUCCCUGCAGAAAAUUAAGGUGUAGAUCCAGGAGUACUUAGGGAAUUUAGUCUAGUGCAGGGAUAGGCAACCUUUGGCACUUCAGAUUUUGUGGACUACAUCCGCCAUAAUGCUCUUAUACCCAUAAUGCUGGCAAAGCAUCAUGGGAGGUGUAGUCCAAAUCAUCUGCAGUGCCGAAGCUUGCCUAUGCCUGGUAGAGUAAUAAAAAGCUAAAAAAUAUUAUUUUUUUCUAUGUGAUGCUAAAUUUUGGUAUAGAGUUGUGUGCUCAUAUUUAUGAAUGUUUCUAAAUCUUGGAUUGGAAAUUUAAAACCUGUUCAUUUAAUAUCUAUAUUUUAUAUGAAUUGUUAAGGGAUAAUAUUGAGUUGAAAUAAAGGCUAAUAUUUAAAGGUGUGUUUUGAACAACAAUAUUAAUAGUAGAUGUCAUUAUAGUUUUAUGAUGGACAGAUCAUGUAAAAAACAAAUUAAUUAUGUACUUUGAGGACAUGAGUAAACACAAACAUCACAAGUCUGCAUUGAAUGUUACCACCAUUCUGUAAAAUUCUAGCCAGAAUGAUCUGUAUAAAUUUAAUGGGGAAAUGUUCAGAGGCAAAUGUUUACUUUGGGAAAUUCUGUCUUAAAGAGAUAUUAAAAGUAUGUAUUUUUAAUGAAACAUUCCUUAUUUGUUAUUUACACUUCAUGUUUUCAUGCUUGUAUGCAUGUAUGUGGGUACAGUCUCUCUACUUCAGUAUAUCUGUCCCUCACCCACAUGACAGCACAGUUCUUCAGCUUGACUGUGCAUCAGAGAUAAGAAUAGCAACACUUAAAGGAACACUAUAGGGUCAGGAACACAAACAUGUAUUGCUGACCAUAUAGUGUUAAAAACCACCAUCUAGUCCGCCCUGACCCUCUUGGCUCCCUAAAUAUAGUACAAUCUUACUUGUAUUCAAGUCUGCUGCUGCUGCAUCUGACACUGAUCUGCCUGCUUGGCUGGCAUCAUUAGAAGUGAUUCUGUGAGCCAAUCACAAUGCUUUCUAAUAGGAUAGGCUGAGACUGUCAAGGAGGCAGAUCAGGGGCAGAGCCAGCACAAGUAAAACACAGCCCUGGUCAAUCAGCAUCUCUUCAUAUAGAUGCAUUGAAUCAAUGCAUCUCUGUGAGGAAAGGUCAGUGUCUCCAUGCAGAGGGUGGAGACACUGAACAGCAGUGCUGCACACUGUGCAGCACUGCCCCAAGGGAGCACCUCCAGUGGCCAUCUGAGGAGCAGUCAAACUGCAUGGCAAGGUUAGGGACACAAUACAAUUAUGCCCAGAACAUUGAAUACAGGUAUCCGCCAUAAAGUACUAUAUCUCGAGAAGCGGGAGGGCUGGGUUGGGUGCUUUUGUAUGUCACACACUGAUGUUAUAAACACAUAGUAAAAAAACACAAAAAUAUGUAAUGAAAAUUGUUCGCAAAAUUAUUACAGGUGACAUACAAGUAAUUGUAACAGUUCCUGAUAUUCUAUUUAAUAAUUUUGUUAAAAAUCUUAUUUAGUGCUUGUGUUUUAUAGAGAAUAGUAAGUAAUUUUUAAUUACAACUAAACUGCUCACAGUGUACCUUCAUAAAAUAGCACCAAGAGUUUUCUCAAAUAAGAUAAAAUAUUAAAACAGAGCUGUUCAGGGUCUGUUCUAAGUCCACAUUUAUUAUUUUGUUAUUAAUAUUCUUUUAUGGUGCAUCAGAAACCACAUCACAUAAUCUACAUUAUGAUGAGGUAGCUGAAGUAAUGAUGUCAGACCAGGAUGUUUAAUAUGUUCUGUGUUGUAAUUGCUGUGACGAAGUAUUGUUAUUCACACCUAUAUUAGUGUGUUACUAAGUAACUAUUUUUAAAAAGCCUUUACAUGUCUACCAACAAGGGACAUAGUUACUCUUCAUAGUUAAUCUACUAACAAACAUAGCCAAUUACGUGUUUAACUUGUAGAAUAUCUGAAUCAUGUUACAAACCUGAGAUCACAACUGACAUGCAAAACUAUAAAAAAAUAAAUGGUUUUAUAUUUUACGUUACCAUCACUGCUAAAAAGAAAAUUACCUUGUUAAAAUGAUUGGAAAAAAGAUGCAUCCAAUAUUAUUUCUAACAGACACAUUUCCCAUUAGCUUGCACAGAACUCAGUUACUGGGUGUAGUACAUUUCCAUUUGGAAAGAACAUUAACCUGGCACCAUGGUAGCAGACAGAAAAACAUUCCGACUACAUAAAUGACAACUUCAGAUGUUAAAAUGCCUCUACCCAUCAAAAAUAGAUUUAGCUUAAGUUAUCAUUACACUUACAAUGGCAUGGAUUGGAAAAUGUACAUUACAUUUUUCAGUGAUAUAUAUCUGACCAGGUGCUGAAACCAUCAUGACAGCAUGAUGAACGAUGCAGAAUACUGGUAUUUAUUUUCCUAGUGAAGUAUUAGAAUAAUGCAUCUCUGUGUGAAGCAUUCUCAUUGAGAAGCAUUGUAUUGGAUCGCCUCUACUGAAAAUCUAAUAGGGGGCAAAGCAGUUGCCAUGGUGAGAUAAGUACAGCACUGUAUUAAAUAAUGAGUUUAUCUUCUUUCAUAAAUUCUAAAACAAUGUGUGGGGGUUAGGGUCUUUGGUAGGUGGAUAGAUGUUGUAGUGUGUGGGUAGUGGUGGGGAUGCAGAGCCAGUAGUGUGGGUAAAGGUGCUGUGGUGGGGGGGGGACAGGUGCUGUUUAGGGGGUAGGAGCUGUGGUGGAUACAGCCUGUAGUGGGGAGAUAGGAGCAGUAUUGCAAGGACAAGGGCUGUGGUGGUGGUGGAGGGGAUAAAUCCUGUAGUGGGAAUAGGGACAGUAGUGGGAGGACAGGGGCUGUGGGGAGAAAUAGGGACUGUAGUGGAGGGAUAAAGUGGGGGGAUUGAAGAUGAAGGGCUGCUUAAAAAAAUAUGUUUGAUUUAAAAAAACAAAUAUAUAAAAAAAAAAACUAAAGUGUAUUCACCCAUCCCUGAUGCUUACAUUGCAGACAGCUCCUUCUAACACUGGGGGAUUGUUUCAAAGUACUGCCAUGGCAACCCAUGGCAAAACUGUGAUACAAUAAAAAUCUUCUCUGUACUUAAGCGUGGACCCUGUCAGUGAGCUCCCUUGUCAGCUUUGCCUCACGGCAGUAGAAUCUUUGAUCUGCCCACUGGUCAUGCCACCUUGUUUGCCUGCCGCCCCGAGACCUUAUGACUAACCCGGCCAUGUGGCCAAGGGAGGCCGGGAACAGAGGAAAAUAUUUGCAUGGAUAUACUGAAAUGUUGGUUGAAGCUGGUUUUGAUGUUUAUGAUCUUAACGAUGAGAAACUCUUCCUUCAAAUGUGGACGUGGAGCCUUCUUUAAGCCCACAAACUUUGUUGCAGUAUGUGCCACCCUGGCCUAGCAUUAUUUUUUCUUUGGAUUCUGUGAGGGUGUUAUUAACAUGAAACUAUGGGUUUGUUUAAUAAAUGUGUGAGUAAUACUGAUUUUCUGUUUUUUUCCCCUAAAACCCUUUUGCAAAACAAUUUGCACUCAUGGAAUGCCAGUUCCAAAAGCACAGUUUUGGGUGCAUUCAACACACGAGUUAUUAACUUUUUAUAUAGUUUUUUUUUAUAGUUUUAUUUUGAAAAUGUUGUGUUUGUUCAUAAUAAUUAAGGAUUUUUUUCACCUUUUGGCAGGAUAAUCAGAAAGAUACAUUAUGACAGACUUGUACAAGGCUACUGGAGCAUUCCAGAGGUAAGUUCUUCUAUUCAGAUACAUUUUAUUUGUAAGCACAUACGAGGUGACAAACCAUAGUAAAGUCUCACAGGACACGCCAGGUAUAUAUGUGCAAGAAUGUAUCUGACAGAGUAUGACACAAAACAUCACACUGAUUAUUUUUUUUGUAAUGUAGUUUUAGUAAGUAAAUUAAACAAAAUGUAUAAUUGUUCCCCUCCUUGUCACCCUCUGUAUGAGUAACUCCUUUCACAUGGGUUUUCUACAUGAAUUUUCAAUUUUCUUUUUGUCAUUACCUCCUUAUAUAUCUAUCCCUCUUCAUUUUUUUCUUCAUCCCCUCUUCUGCAUCAGACCUUUCGCCCUUUGAUUCUCCGACAGUGUCUCUUUUCCUUUCGUCAACCUCGCUUCAUUUGCUAACGUUUUAGCUUAAAUAUCCCUUCUUUAUUAACUUCUACUACUUCUGCUGGAAGGUUAGACCAUGUAUCCACCUUUCUUCCCAGUGGAAUAAAUAUUUCUACAUUUCUACACUUUGAAUUAUAUAUAUAUAUAUAUAUUUUAGUAUUAUUAUUUUAUUAUUUUUAUUGUAUUAUUUAUAUAGUGCCAGCAAAUUCCGUAGCUCUGUACAAUGGGUGGACUAACAGACACAUAAUUGUAACCAGACAAAUGGAUGCACAGGAACAGAGUGGUUGAGGGCCCUGCUCAAUGAGCUUACAUGCUAGAGGGAGUGGGUAUAAGUAGGGGUAAUGAAAUAGGUUGCUAGAAAAAUAAUCACUGGGAACUUAGGUUAGUUUUGAUAGUUGCAGGAGAGGAGUCAUGGGGGGAAGGGGAUGAAAACCUGCUAACAGUUUAAAUGAUGUGCUUUCCUAAAGAAGUGUGUUUUCAAAGAUUUUUUAAAGGAGUGCAGACUGGUUGAAAGUCUAACGAAGAAGGGAAGGGAGUUCCACAGAAAAGGUGCAGCCUUGGAGAAGUCUUGGAGGCAAGCAUCAGAUGUGGAAGUACGGAAAGAGGAUAGGCGUAGGUCUUCGGCAGAGCGCAGGGCCCUCAACGGGACAUAUUUGUGUAUUAGGGAGGUACACACAUAUAUAUAUAUAUAUAUAUAUAUAUAUAUAUAUACACACACACAUGAUACAUACCAAUGGACUGUGUAUUAUGGGAAAAAUUAUGACAUCAAUGAGUUAUGGAGACAUCAUAAACCACUUUGCCAAUUUCAACUUAUUGGGCACUAAGAUGGUAACUCUAAAUUAUUGUCAUGUUAUUUUAGUACUGUUCAUUUCAGCACUGUUUGUGCUACAAUUUUAUUGGUGAGGGUUAGAAAUUAGAGUUUUAUUGUAUGUUGAAGAAAGGUAAUUUAAUGUCAUACAAAUGGCUAUAUAUAAAAAAAAUCAACACAAGUAAUUGUAUACACAUAUGGAUGUUGCAGGGUUAAAUCAGGGUUUUAUUGUAAUAUAUUUAUUUUCUAAUCUUAUUUUCAGCCAUCAUGAUCCCAACUUGAAAACAUUAUAAAAAUAAUAAAAAGCUGACAUGCCUAGUAAACAUGAUCACGAGAGAGGAAGUAUCUUUAACUCCUCUCUUAGAAUGGAGCGACAGAACAGUACUGGAAAAAAAAAUAAAAAGACAAAAAACUUUCGCUCCAUCUCCAAGUCUCUAAUUCUCUGCAACGCUAAGAACAGUGAUGAUGGGUCAAGCCUGGAGGAGAAAUACACUGAAAUAACAGAGAUACCACAAUCCAGCAUACAAGCAUCUGAGUCACUAGCAGCUGAUCCGAUCCAAAAUUCUAACUCAAUUCCAGAUCCCAUGAUCAGGAAGUUCAUUCUGUCAAAAUCUGCUUCAACUGAUAGAACUCCCAGUAAACCAUCUUAUAAGGUAAAUGGAAUUAGUAUGGGCUUGAUUUUUUUACAACAAUAUAAGAAUGAGUAAAUUCUUUGAAAUGUCUUUGUCUCUGGAUUAAUUCAAGCAGAUAGCAUAAAUGUACUCAUUUUUACACACAUGAACACACAUCCAAGUUUACACUUGUAAGCCAUUGAAAAUUGGGGCAAAUUUCUUAUGGUAUAGUUUUCCAAAAAAGUGAAAUUGGUUGUUGUAAAGUGUUGACAAUUUUACUGAUCAUAAGGCUGCUGUACUGAACACAGUUAACACAUCCAGGGUCAAACCUUGAAUUGUAAAUGUGUGUGAAAACAUUCUAUCAUACUACUUGCAUUGAAAGUCAUGUUUCAGUGUUUGCAGAUGACACAAAACUCUGUAAAAUAAUACAAUGUGUGCAAGAUAUUACUUUGCUGCAGAAGGAUUUAGAUAGACUGGGGGACUGGGCACUCAACGGCAGAUUAAAUUUAAUGUUGAAAAAUGCAAAGUUAUGCACUUCAGCGUAAAGAAUACACAGGAUUUGGGGAUUACCUGGAUGUGUCUAAGGUGUUUAGAAAAAGGGAAAAAAAAACACCUAAACACCUUAGACACACCCAGGUAAUCCCUAAACCCUGGACUGGUAGGGGGUCCUGAGGACUAACGUUGAGAACCCCGGUACUAGAUGCAUAAUUGCAAAAACAGAAUAUUCAAUGAUAUAAUCUUUCAAUGUAGGGUAAUAACUGCUUGAUCCAAUGAUAAAUCUGACUGCCAUUCUGGGGUCAAGAAGGAAUUUUUUUCCUAGCUGGUUGCAAAACUGUGCUUCAAACUGGGUUUUUUGCCUUCUUUUGGAUCAACAGCAAAAAACAAAUGUGAGGAAGGCUGAACUUGAUGGACGCAAGUCUCUUUUCAGCUAUGUAACUAUGUAACUAUACUUACAAUCAAUUUUUUUUACUGUAGUUAAGGGAGCACAAAAAUAGCUCUAGGUUAAUGAAGUAUUUUUGUUGUAUAUGCCAUGCCCCUGCAGUCUCAUUGCUCAAUUCUCUGACAUUAAGCAAUUAAAUGAUUUUAGUUUAGUUUUUUUCAGGUCUAUCCACACCUAGCAUACCUGUAACACAUUGUCAGGGCUGUAAAUCCACUUGCAGCACUCACCCUCAAUCCUUCGCCGCCCGCGGUCUCCCCUUCCCCUACCUGUCGGCGAGCAGCGUCCUCACUGCUGUAUGCGCCGCUCGCGUCCUCCUCCUCGCCUCCCAGUGGCAGCAUGUAUAAGGCUGCAUGCUGGGAGCCCGUGCAUUUAUGCAAACGCCGGGGUCAGUCACGUGACCCGGCGUUAAAGCCACAGUACCAUAAUCACAGAGGGAGGUGUAGAUAUCUCCCACGUGUGAUUGUUAAUUCUGAUUGGAAGUUAUCCAAUCAGAAUUAAGCAAAGGAUUUAUAUGCUUACCUUUCCUGUCUCUCAGUGCCCUGUUGUGGUCUUGUGAUACCUGUAGUGCAGUUUGCUCGUGUUUCUCUCUGGUUACCGAUUAUUUGGCUUGUUAUUUCGAUUCUCCUGUAUUCUCCAUUCCUCUGACCUCGGCUUGUUUCUCGUUCUCCUGUUUUCUGUCUCCCUUUACUUGGCUUGUCUCCUGACUAUUCUUAGUGUGCUUUAACCCGGCCACUCUAAGGACCGGUAUAGCACCCUUCCUCUCUGUGACCUGUUAGCGUGUUAGGUUCCCGAAUCGUGACAUUACAACAGGGCCACCAUGGAACCUGCUGACAUUCCACAGCUGUUAGUGAAUCAGGAGGCUAGAAUGGAUGGUUUAGACCACCGUAUGGAUCAGUUUGCCCAGGCUUUACAAACCAUACUGGCUCGUACUGCCCACUUGCAACCUGCCGUUCGAGAAGCUGUUGCUGCUGUGCCAGAACCCAUUCCAGAUCCAGUACACGUUCCUGCUCAUGUGGUUCACAUGACGCCACCACAGCACUAUAGCGGUGAUCUAGCAUUGUGUCAUGGUUUCCUCAACCAAAUUGAUAUUCAUUUGGUGAUGAAUCCUCGUUCCUACCCCACUGAUAGAACCAAAAUUGCUUUUUUAAUUAACCACUUGUCCGGGAAAGCUUUAGCAUGGGCUAAUCCCAUGUGGGAGAAUACGUCCCCAAUGUCCUUUGCAGACUUUUUGACUGCUUUCAAACGCACAUUUGAUCAACCCGGUAGGGUUGCUUCUGCUGGCAAAGCUCUGCUUAGGGUCCGACAAGGUAAUAGAUCAGUAGCGGAUUAUACUAUUGAAUUCCGCACUCUAGUAGCUGAAGUGGUUUGGAAUAACGACGCCCUCGUAAUAGCCUUUCAGGAGGGUUUGGCCGCUUACAUACUAGAUGAAAUAGCAUCCAGGGAAUUGCCUCUUCUUCUGGAUGAUGUAAUAGAUUAUAUCAUUCUUAUUGACAACCGUAUUAGAGAGAGGCGUAAUCAAAGAAGGAUGAAUACACAGGGGCCACCUGUUUUACCCAGUACUGCAUUACUAGCAUUACCUCCCCCUAAUCAACCAUCUCCCGAACCCAUGCAAUUGGGUGCUAUAGGGUUAACUGAAGCUGAAAGAGCGUAUCGCAGAAGGGAGGGGUUAUGCCUUUAUUGUAGAAAGAGGGGGCAUCUCCGAAGAAACUCCUAAUUUGCAGGGAAACUUCAGCACCUAAGGCCUAGAGAGGGGUCGGCCUCGGUUGUUAUGACUUUUUCCCCUCAUGUGUCGAUCUCCAGACCGUUUAUUACGGUUACUCUUUUGGUCAAUCAAACCACUAUAACAACCAAAGCCUUGAUCGAUUCAGGUGCUGCAGACAACCUUAUGGAUGAGAACUUUGCUAAAACUGCAGCCUUGACUCUGAUCCAAAAGGCCACACCCUUGGCCGUUGAGGCCAUAGAUGGUAGACCACUUGAAAAACCUCUGGUGACCCAUGAAACCCAAGAAAUGGUUAUGACUGUGGGUGCCUUGCAUAGGGAAAGGUUAACCUUCCAAAUAAUUGACUCCCCUACAGCUUCCAUCGUUCUGGGUUUUCCCUGGUUAGUUAAACACAACCCAGUACUUGAUUGGGGUUGUUUAGAUAUACUCUCCUGGGGGGAAUCUUGUCAACGAGACUGAAUGGCCUGUAUACGUUCUGUUUGUUUACUCAAUGUGCCCACAGCUAAACCACUUUCUGUUUCUAUCUCUUCUGUGUAUGCAGACCUCGCAUUAGUUUUUGAAAAAAGGGAGGCUGAUAAGCUACCUCCACACCACGAUUAUGACUGUGCCAUAGACCUGUUAUCAGGUACUAUGCCCCCCAGGGGUAAGGUCUACCCACUUUCUGAGAAAGAAAAUCAGGUCAUGGAGGAGUACAUACGGGAAUCCUUACGUAAAGGUUUUAUCAGAAGGUCCUCCUCUCCUGCUGGUGCUGAUUUCUUUUUCGUUGCCAAGAAAGAGGGCGAUUUGAGGCCAUGUAUAGACUACAGGGGUCUGAACAAUAUAACGGUUAAAAACGCUUAUUCUAUCCCUCUCAUCACUGAGUUGUUUGAUCGUGUUAAAGGUUCUAAAUAUUAUACUAAACUAGACCUCAGGGGGGCUUAUAACCUGGUUCGUAUAAAAGAGAAUGAUGAAUGGAAAACAGUGUUCAAUACACGCAGUGGGCAUUACGAGUAUCUAGUCAUGCCUUUUGGACUGUGUAAUGCUCCUGUUGUGUUUCAGGACCUCAUAAAUGAUGUCCUUAGAGAUCUACUGUAUAUCUGUGCCGUAGUCUACCUUGAUGACCUAAUUGUAUAUUCUCCUGAUUUGAAGUCACACCAUACUCAUGUGAGGAUGGUGCUUAAGAGAUUGUUGCAGAACGGUCUUUAUUGUAAGUUAGAGAAAUGUUUAUUUGACCAAAAAUCUGUACAAUUCCUAGGGUAUGUCAUUUCUGAACAGGGAUUCAGCAUGGAUCCUUCUAAAUUAGAAGCCAUACUGUCUUGGCCUCUUCCCCAAGGACUUAAGGCAAUACAGAGGUUUAUAGGGUUUGCCAAUUAUUACCGGAGGCUUAUUAAAAACUUUUCAUCAAUUAUUUCUCCAAUCACAAAACUGACUAAAAAAAGUUUGCACCCCAGGGUUUGGACUCCUGAAGCCCUUAAAGCCUUCGAGACUCUCAAAAAGGCAUUUGCCACUGCCUCUCUGCUACACCAUCCUGAUCCUUCCCUUCCCUUUGUUAUGGAAGUAGACGCUUCGGAAUCAGGUGUAGGAGCAGUGUUAUCACAGAGACAAUCGUAUACCGAACCCCUCCAUCCCUGUUGUUACUUUUCUAAAAGGCUGUCUGAUUCGGAAAAGAAUUAUGACGUCGGGAACAGGGAGCUAUUGGCUAUUGUGAUGGCUUUUAAAGAAUGGAGGUACUUAUUAGAGGGAGCUAGACACAAAAUCUUGGUUAUAAUUGAUCAUAAGAAUCUCUCCUAUAUAGCAGAUGCUAAAAGGUUGUCCUCUCGUCAGGCUAGAUGGUCCUUAUUUCUUUCACGCUUUCAAUACAUUUUCACAUAUAGGCCUGGAUACCGUAAUGUCAAGGCUGAUGCUAUCUUCCGACAGUAGGAACCUUUGGAGUCGAUUGCCCCCGCUCCUGAACCCAUUGUGCCUAAAUCUAAGAUAAUAGCUGCUACCCGUUUGGUUAUUUCAUCUCUUUUCCUUGAUGGUAUCAAGACAUACCAAUCCCAAGCACCCUCUGAGACACCUGUUGGUAGAUAAUAAGUGAAAAAGAAAGGCAGAAGUUAUUAGCUUAAUUUCACACCGCCAAAACUGCUGGUCAUCCAGAGGUUACCAAAACAUACAAGGGUCUCCUUCAACAGUUUGGUGGCCCUCACUUAAACAAGACGUGAUAGAUUAUGUGCAGGCUUGUUGUGUUUUCGCACAGUGUAAGUCCCCUAAUCUUAAACCCCUGGGACUCCUAAUGCCUCUAUCUGUACCCAAGAAACCAUGGACCCACUUAUCCAUGGACUUUAUUGUGGAUCUUCCUUUAUCUCAUGGACAGACAGUAAUUUUGACUGUGACUGAUAAAAUGGCACACUUUAUUCCACUUAAAAAACUACUUUCUGCGGUUCAGUUGGCUCAGGUAUUUGCCAAAGAGGUGUUCCGCUUGCAUGGUAUCCGACAGGGGUCCUCAAUUUGUCUCUCGGUUUUGGAGGGGCUUUUGUGCUGAGAUGGGGAUUUCCUUGUCAUUUACUUCCUCCUAUCAUCCACAAUCUAAUGGAGCUGCCGAACAGGCAAAUCAAUCUGUGGAGUUAUAUUUACUCUGCUUCACGAAUGCACACCAGGACAACUGGUCUCCCCUCCUUCCCUGGGCUGAAUUCGCCAGGAAUACCGUGACUCAUUCGUCCACUGGCUUAAGUCCUUUUAUGGUAGUUUAUGGGUUCCAACCCUCUGUCCUUCCCGGUGUGUUCUCCGACAAAGGAAUACCCGCUUUGGACGAGCACCUCACCUCCUUACGGAAGAUGUGGGAUCAGGUCCAUGCUACUCUCUCUCGUGUGGCUGCUACUCAGAAGAGAUUUGCUGAUCCUCGUAGGUGUGCGGCUCCUUCUUAUGCCCCGGGUGAUAGGGUUUGGUUGUCCUCUAAGAAUCUCCACCUCAGGGUUCCCUCAAUGAAAUUUGCGCCCAGGUUCCUUGGCCCCUAUAAGGUGUUGCGUAAGGUAAAUCCCGUGUCCUACUCCCUGGCCUUGCCUCCUUCCAUGCGUAUACCUAACACUUUUCACACCUCCCUUUUGAAGCCCUUGCUCUGUAAUCGGUUCUCUAGACCUCGCAGGCAUCCCGAUUGCCUCCGCGCGGUCCCCAGUGACGUGUACGAAGUAGCUGCUCUCCUUGAUUCUCGUUUUUCUCGAUGUCGGUUGCAGUAUCUGGUGGAUUGGAAGGGUUACGGCGGUGAGGAGCGGUCUUGGGUUUCUGUCUCUGAUUUAAACGCGCCCUCUUUGAUCCACUCCUUUCAUGCGGGAUUUCCUUUGACGCCUUCGGCUUCCCGCCCGCUGGGCGGUCCUCGAGUGGGGGGUUAUGUCAGGGCUCCGCGGGCGGCUGUGAGGGGAGGCUGCAAUCCACUUGCAGCACUCACCCUCAAUCCUUGGCGCGGUCUCCCCUUCCCCUACCUGUCGGUGAGCAGCGUCCUCACUGAUGUAUGCGCCGCUCACGUCCUCCUCCUCGCCUCCCAGCGGCAGCAUGUAUAAUGCUGCACGCUGGGAGCCCGCGCAUUUAUGCGAACGCCGGGGUCAGUCACGUGACCCGGCGUUAAAGCCACAGUACCAUAAUCACAGUGGGAGGUGUAGAUAUCUCCCACGUAUGAUUGUUAAUUCUGAUUGGAAGUUAUCCAAUCAGAAUUAAGCAAAGCAUUUAUAUACUUACCUUUCCUGUCUCUCAGUGCCCUGUUGUGGUCUUGUGAUUCCUGUAGUGCAGUUUGCUCGUGUUUCUCUCUGGUUACCGAUUAUUUAGCUUGUUAUUUCGAUUCUCCUGUAUUCUCUAUUCCUUUGAUCUCGGCUUGUUUCUCGUUCUCCUGUUUUCUGGCUCCCUUUUCUUGGCUUGUCUCCUGACUAUUCUUAGUAUGCUCUAAGGACCGGUAUAGCACCCUUCCUCUCUGUGACCUGUUAGCGUGUUAGGUUCCCGAAUCGUGACACACACAGCUAAGAUGAAAAACUUUUUUUUCCAAUCAGUUCUUGCAUCACAAUGUGUUUAAUUUAGAGGCUAUUGUAUCCUGCUCAGAUAAUUGAACUUUAAUCAUACAUAGGGGCUGCAGUAGGCACUAGCAUGCCAUUAUCAAAGACAUUUUAAAUUAAUCAUGCUGUGCAAUAACGGAAGCAAAAAGACUUGAGCACUUUUUCAGGAAAUAUGUAGGGAGGCUGUGUGAGUCUCAGCCAGGGUAGGUGUGACUAAGACUGCACAGUGACUUACCUACUAAAUGGCAGAUAACUGUGCAGUGAGACUACAGGGGCAUGGUCUAUACACCAAAACUUAUUUAGUAAGCUAAUUUAUUUUGUGCCUUUAACUUAAUAAUUAAAGUAUUGACAGAACUUACAAGAAAAAAAAAAUAUUUUAGCUCUGUGCAGCCACACCAUAAUGUGCACAGGGUAUUAAACAGGGUGACCAUAUUUAAUGCCAUUUAUGAAUAUGAGAUAAACCAAUAGCACAUAAUGUCCUCUAAAAUUUAAAGGAUUGGGUAUAACUCUUUCAACUAAUAUAAGUAAGUGACUAAAAUUACAUGUAGCAUAUGCUUUCUCCCAGUGGCGGAACUUCCGCUGGUGCCCAACAGGUGGCCCAUGCACUUAGGGACACUUGGUGGGCAUGUGUUAACAUCAUUAUUGUUGAUAACACAGGUUCAUUUGUUGGUGCUAUCUGUUAGCUUGAUAGGCUAACAUGAAGGCAUAAUACCUAGAUUCAGAUAACAAUUUAGUAAUUACUCUGGAUAUCCCUUUGACUCUUACUAUUUGGAGACAUUGUUAUUCUUCUGUGAAAUUGAUUCACUUGGGCAAUUCUAGUAACACAUUCUCAGGCUACAAGCUGACACUUUGUGUAAUAAACAUAGUAUUGCACUAUGUCUAUAUAAUUUAGAGAAUACUAUUGGAAUAAUUUCUAGCCGCUGCUUUGUUUUUAUCGUGUUUUAACAUUUUUUAAUUGAUGAUUUAUAUGUCUUUUAAGUGACUAAUAAAAGUUAUGUUUUAGUACCAUAUGUAUAUUAGAAUUCUGGGUAAAACUUGUCCUUUCUUUUUGCUAAUUCUCUCUAGGGGUUACCCACCCUCUUUUUCCCCUCAUAACUAUGAACCUCUAGCUCUUACUUUCUUGUUUAUAUCAGUUCUGAUCAAACUAGCGAUGAUCCAUCAUUAUAAACACGUCAAUUAAAGCAAAAGGUUCAGAGCAUUCCACAGGAAAUCAUAGAAGCUGCAAUGCCAUUUGCGAUUUUAUAAAUGGCAUCGUGGUUUCAUGGACUGAAAAAAGCCAGUUUACUGGAGUAAAUACUACACGAAUAAGCCAAUGUAUCAGGUUUCACUAGUGGAGUGGUGCCAGGAUAGUUAACUCUUCCAGUGCCACAGCAGAGAGGCCGCAGGGAUAGGACGUUUUCUUUACAUCUGGGAUUUUUUGGUAAUGUGAUGUUGUCUAUUUGAGUUUUUAGUCAAGAUUUCUUUUAGCCCAGAAUUAUGUUCCUUACCACAUUUUGCUCUGGGAUAAAGUCUCAUUAUUGCUUCUCAUUAUUACUAUUAUUUCUUUUUAUAUUCUUUAUUUUUGUUGAGCAAAAGAUUAACAGACAGACGUGUGUUGCCAUAGUAACAAACAUAAGCAUUUCAAAAGGAACAAUACUAUGGCACAUGAGAAAACUGCACUUUUUAUGAAAUAGUAAACAUGCUGACAGCUAGAUAGUAGACUGGAUACAUACAUAAAAAGUAGGUGGAGUGCAGUUGGUUCUUAGGUAGAUGGUAUUACUGAUAAAAAACAUGGCCAAAGCCUAGUGCAAUACAGUCUGAUAUAAACAUAUGUACAGGUAAAACAAUCUCUCAGAUUGGUACUCACAAAGAUCGAGCCAAUAUGUUAGGCUCAAUGUGUAGGCAGAUGGGAUAUUUUUAGGGAUCUCACUCCCUUGCUUUAUGCUGGUUGGGAUUUCCGUCUUCUUGUCCACCAAAUAACUUCAAUUAGCGUGAAUGGUGGUAUAAGGAAAUACUUUAUUAGAGAAAAACAAAGUAAAAACAAAAUAAAAUAAGCAGAAUAUAUAAAAUAAGUCCAAAUAUGGUAAAGUGACUUGCAAGACGCGUUUCGCCUAUUAAUAGGCUUCCUCGGUUUCUUGUCAACAAGAUCAGGUGGGAUCCCUACAAAUAUUCCCAUCUGCCUACACAUUGAGCCUCACAUAUUGGCUCCAUCUUUGUGAGUACCAAUCUGAGAGAUUGUUUUACCUGUACAUAUAUUUAUAUCAGACUGUAUUGCACUAGGCUUUGGCCAUGUUUUUUACCUCUUACAGUUUACAGUAAUACCACCUACUUAAUAACCAACUGCACUCCACCUAUUUUUUAUGUAUGUAUAGUUUCUAUUUUGUGUGAAAAGAGAAGUUAUCACACAGGUGUUUAGAGUGUGUUGCUUUAUUUUUGGGUUGCACACCAAGACUUUAUAUUUUAUUUGUGUUAUAUAUGAGACCAUAACUAAGAUAAGACAAGUAUGAUUAGUAUAUUACUGCUGUUGUUGUAUAUUAAGGGAGUAAAUGUAAAUUGAGUAAGCAUGCCUUAUAGUACUCAACAUAGCUCCACUUGGCACUAAGGCUUCCUAUGAGAGGGAGCAUGAGCCUAAAAACAAGAGGGGUGGUCAGCCUAUGCCCACUAACUUAUGUAGCUUUCCCAGUGGUAAGUUAGGAUGCUGUGUCUCCAUAUAGCUACCCCACUGAUCCCAAGUCCCAUUACAGUCCUGCACUUGCUCUUUACGUGUCUAAUCACCGGCACCAGUCUGGACACAGUCUCGGGUACUUCUUGCAAAAAGCUGGCUUGUAUGUUUGGGGUAUGUUGCCCAAAGAUGUGCGCUGUGCUUGGAAGAACUUUCCUGUAAGUACUGCGGCAAGGGUAGGUGGUUGCAGGUUAUGGUGCAGCAUCUCCUGAGUCAGUAUGCCCUCUGCGGUCACCGUUUCCUCCUCUCUACGCUUGGUACCCAGAUCUUGCGAAGCAAGGUAGGUUUCACUUGAAGUGCUGAAAUGGGAUGUUGAGGUACAUCCGUAGCAGCUUGUCUCUGCGCCUGGUCUGCAAUCUUGGCCCAGAGCUGGGACUACAUGUGUGCGAAGGCCCUCUCGAUGCGUUCCUCAUAUGAGGCCCAGAAAUCAGGAUUCUGCACGGCGGCCAGCUAAGCUGCAAGCCUGCAGGCUUGUAGAAUUGGUUGCUUGGCACCGCUAUUCGCCUCACUGGACUGUUUGCAGGCAGACACUCAGCGGGGACCGGGAUAUCCCACGCCGGUCCAGAGGUGGGGGAAAUGAGGCUAUGAGCGUCUGUGUCUGGUGACCGAGCCCAUAGUCAGGAGAUCGGCCACCUCUCCCAUCUACUAGGCCAUCAGGUUUCGGGGUGAGUAUCCAGCCCACGCAGGCACCCCAAUUCUGUCAGAGUAGAUGGCUAUUGUUAGAAAUAGUUGUUUGAGUGUAAUUAUGUCAGGAUUAAAGCAGAAUAUGCAAAAUUUUGAGGCAAAUUAGCAGGAGUAGCUAAAAAGUACAUUCAGUCAUCUUGAGGGCCCGGCACGGCCCUGCCCCCCUUGUUUUUUUGAUUUUUUUGCACGUGCUUGUUUAAUAAUUGUAGCCGAGCUCAAUAUCUCUGCUUGCCUCCCUCCUUUUCCCCAUAGAAUAUACAGAGUUAGGGAUGUGCAUGGGCAAAAAAUUUGGUUUGGUUCAGUUCGGAAAUUCGGGUAAGUAAAAAAAUUAGUCUGCUUCGGCAAUUCGGACCAAUGACAAACGGUUUAGCAAUUCGACAAUUCAGAACAUUCGGCAAUUCAGAAGUUUGGUAAUUUGGACCCUAGCCCUAACCCCUAACCCUAAACACUAACCCUAAACCUAACCCCUAACCCUAACCACUCGUUUUGCCACUUUUCAGAAAUCCGAAGCACUUCGGAACUUCAGCAAUUUGGAACUUUGGCAAUACGGAACUUCUGCAAUUCGAUUCAUCACUUCGGCAAUUCAAACUUCAGACAUUCGUAAGCAUCUGAAUGUCCGAAUUGCAUGAAAUGCGUCCGAAUGUACAUUCGUAACUAAACGAAUUGCACAUGUCUAAGCACUAUCACAGCCUACCCAACGAUCUGAUAAAGGGUGAAACAAGUAUGUAUUAAUGGAACACAAGCACAGUAUUUAUACAAUAUCAAAUUCUCUCCAGGGCAUGAUCAGCACAACAAUAGACAGCUCAGGCCCAGCCACCACUGUGUCUCUGGUGCCACUUUGGUUGAAAAGAUCAAUCCUCCGCUGAGUCUUUUCUAGACAGGAUGAUGGAAAACAGAACCCCAAAUCCUCCUUCCCUAACACACAGCCCAAACAGCUCAUUCCCUCAGCUUCCCACUGUCCAAAGAGCCCCCUGAUUCAGCAUAGUGUCCAAUCACAACCCAGUUAAAGAUUUGACCAGCCACGACUAAUUUCCGAUCUGAUGUAUAGUGCCAUGCAGCUUUGUAGAACAUCCUUGUUUCACCCUAGUCACCAGGGUGCUACCAGGUGACUGGCAUCCUGGGUGCUUAGGUAAGCUGCACCUGCUGGAUAGGGGAGAAAACCUCCUGAGAUGGUGACAAUUGUACUUUUGGGUACUUUUUAGGGUGUCUGUGACAAGCUCCAUAGUCUGUGGGGAGUAAAGUAGAUCUCUGCCCCUCCAUGAGCUAGGGGAAUGAAGGUUUCCGUUGUAUUUAUAUUUUUAUUUAUAACGUGACAGCUUAUUCUGCAUUGUGAACAAUGGGUACACUACACGUGCAAGUCAUGACAGAUUUACGUUAAUGAGACAAAAUGGUAUGUGGCCACGGUCACACCUGCCUUAGACAUGGAAACUAUGAAAGACUGAAAUUUUACAGUGAUCUCCCAAUGCCAUAGAAAAUAUUUAAGUGAGAACAGAUGGUUUAUGCUUAUAUUUGCUGCCUUUUGUUUCCUGGCAAACACCUGACAUUUAAAAUAUAGCUUGAAAACCAAAGCUUGAGAUCCAAAUCUUCCUACGCACAGACAUUUGUUUCUCACUGUUGGGUAGACUCAAUAUGAUGCUGGCCCCAGAACAAAUGAUAUUAGUGGAAAUGUGGUGGGAAUGCCCUUCUUGGCUGCAUAUGUGCAUGCUCAGGCUGACUAUCUGACACAAAAUAAUUAAAAUUAAAACAUUCAUUAGUUAGACAAAACAAACAAUUUGUUCAAAGAGUUGCAAAGUUGAUAACAAUACUGUUGCUUUGAAGUGCAGAAAAAGAAGUAUUUUCAUGAACUCAAAUGGAACUGCCAGCACACGGAACCAGUUGAGUACAUUUUAUCAGGAUUUUUCAGUACAUUUUGCUCUGGUAUAACUUACGGAAAUUUUAGCCAAUGCAUCCGAGAAAUGAUGAUUGGCUUGACUGUUUGUUUCUCUAUCUAGAUCUCUGAGUACAUAUUCUAAUCGAUGGUCCUAAGGCUUCUUCUUCUCUUGUGUAAUCAGCCAUUCAUCUGUGCACAAUUAUAACUAAUUAGUUCAACAUAAAACCCAACACUUCCUAUUAGCCUUUGCCAGUUUAUUGUGGCUUGGCUCUACGUCGAGCCUAGACCCUGGCUUGCCCCAAGAUAAUAGUUAUUUAUCUUUUUUUAUUUCAUUUCUAGUACACUAAAUUAAUCCAUGGUCAGUGACCUGAGCAUAUUUGGUCCUGCCUUUUACAUUUUCCGAGCUCUUUAGUUGUUUUCCUUGCUGACUUGCCUUGUUUUGUCUUUGUGUUUAUGACCUUACAUUUCAACAUCUCUUAACUUAUAAUAAAAUAUUUGUCUGCUCCUGAGGUUGUGAAUUGGAAUUUACUUUGAGAAACUCUAUAUGUGUAACACCGAAAAAGUUACCUAGCGCACUUUGGAUUAUGAAACGAUUAGUGGACAUAAUAACAUGGUAUACAUAUAGAUGGGCUACAUGUGCUAAAACUCCAAACUGAGUUUGUUUAUAAAAUUGUCGUACUGGCUCCAUGCAACAGCUCUAUCUAAACUUAAUCUGACGUAAAACUAUCAAGAUAUGCAUUGUGAAUUGCCCCAACAAGUGGAUAUUACAGUGAGAAUUGAAAAAAAGAUAAAUCAAGGGAUUAUAUGCAAUAAACGCUGUCCAUGUGUUAUUAAAACACUAUUUAUAAAUGGAAUUAUUAUUGCUACAUGAGUCGUGAAGAAUAAUGUAAUCAUGUUUUACAUGAAUCAUGUGUUAUUAAUGCUUGUUUAAUUCAAAUUCAUUUCAAGGUGAUGGAGCAUGUAACAUAAUUGUAGUUACCGUUAUGUAACUUCUGUCAUAUCCCCUCCAUAGUAAAAGCACAAGGUGCUCAAUAUAGCUAUUUAAAGGGAGUAGUAACAAUUGCUCUCAUAACACUUAGCUAGCAAGUAUUGCUAUGCAGAAUGUCAGUGAGGAUCAUGUGAGUUACACCUUAACAAAGCUAAUGGUUCACAAAUAUGAAGAAUAUAUUAAGACUUUAGAUUUCUAGUUACUCAAAAUUAUAAAGAAACUUCAAUUAAAUGAUGAUAUUUGGUAUAUAGAUCUCACUUUAGUAGACUCAUUGAUCCAACAUCUGCUUUUCAGAAGUUAAAGCACUUUGUUGUACUUUCCACAUGCUUGUAUUGGAUAUUAAUGCACCUAUCAUCAUAUGGGGAAUUCUACUAAGAGCGGCUACCAAAACUGAGUUUAUUUUACUAUUAAAUAAUUGCUGUAUGUGAUAUAAUAUUAAUUCAGUUAAAUCCAGGAGUGAGUUAGAUUUUUUUUCCCUAUCUUAAGAUGAGUCAGGAGGGGCACCAGAACAUAAUUUAAUAUCUACCUCUCUCUGACAGUGGGAUUUGUUUGAUUAAACUAUGACUUGUAGUGAAUUCUAAUCUAUAUGGAAAAGUUUAGGCAAACAUAGCUGAUCUGAAAAAUGUCAUAGCUCCCAGCUUGGUUCUUUCAGUUUUUAUUUUGCCAUAUAGAUUUCAAUUUACUUCAAUUUGGACUUUAGUGUAUAACCCCGAGUUUGUGUGAGUGCUAUUGUGUGAAUGCAGUGGUGUAGCAGUAUUGAGUGUUUGUAUGUGACCAUGAAGGUGUGUGUUUGUGCAUUGUGUUGCCUAUCCCCAUCUAUCCCUUUGUAUAUCUCUUUGACUCUAUUGACUCUAUCGCCAUCCAGUUUGUUGCUUUGCUUGGCCAAAUAAUAUAGCAAUGUCGAACCACCCCCCUCACCAUGCUGGACCUAAAACUAAAGAAAUAUAUUGAUAUACAGGUACCCAGCAUAGGUACCCAUCUAGAUAAAUACAAAAUGAUACUUUUACCACAAUUUAGUUUUGAAAAGUUUUCCCCAAGUUCUGAUCAUAAACAAAAGCCCCACUGUAGUGACUUGGAGCUCAAUCACUUUAGCAAUUCUGUGAGCUGCUUAAGAAACAGUUCUCAUACUUAAACUGCAACCUACAGCAUCAUAUUUGCACUGGGUUUGAGUUACAUAGGUAGUAAAGUUGUCAAAACAGAAAAGAGUGUUUCUGGUUUUUCAUUUAGAACUCUGCAUGAGAAGUGAUAAAAAUAAAGUUUGGACAAAGAUUAAUGGUGAAUGUGGAACAUCAUGGCAAUACAGACAGUCUCAUUAAAUCAGAGCAUUAAAAGAUUGAGCAGGCAGUCACAAAGAGACACAAAUACAGCAACUGUAUACAUAAAGGUUAAGGACUGGUUUCAGACAUUCUAUUUUAUGGCAACCAAAUAUGGUGCCUGCUAUUGCUACGAUGCUUUAUGAUGGUAGUGGAACAUAUUACCAGGCCAUUUUGAAAAAUAAAAUAAUUUUACUAAAGUGCAUCAAAUUUUGCUGUUUGUGUUAAACUUGUACUUACACUAUAUCCAAACAUUAUCCAUGUAGUAAAAUUUAUCAAAAUAUCAUGUCUGUUUUUUUUUUUUUAAUAUAUGCAUAGAGAGAUGUGAAAUGGGAAAACUAAAAAAACAACUGUUCAGUUCCGGUGCCAAGUGAUACAACACAUUUAUUAAGAGUUAACAUUCCAAAACACCUGGCAAAAGUAAAAUAUCUUGUUAAUACAUAAUAGAGAGUUUUAUUAUACACAUGUAAGUUCUGUUCUAGAUGAAGGGAAUACAGAUUACAUGUAUUACAGCCUUUGUGCAUUAUUUUUCAGUGUUUUUUCUUUUGCAAAACACUGGUCCGGGGUCAAUAGGGCAGCCAUCUUAAAGUGUUCUUUGAUUACAAGUACAGCUUGUCUGACCAGAAACCAUGCAGGCAGUCAAGAGUUAGUACGGCGUGUUCACAAAUGUAAUGUGCAAGCACUGGGCAUCUCAGAAACGCAUUCUGGGACAAUUAGAGACUCUUAAAAUGACCUAAAAUGGCUCUCCUCUCAGAGAUUAGUAAACAGGUAUAUCUGGAUAUUUACUCAUUACAGAAUAAAGCACAACAAAACUAUACAACCGGAAAUCUUUUGUUUUAAGUAAUAAUAAUACAUUACAGCUUUCCUUCAGAAAGAAAGCUGUCACAGGUAUUUGAUAUUUCCUUACUGUGGAUAAUAAAGAAAAGACAGGGAAUGCAGAAUAAAAAAAAGUUACCUCAACUUCAAUGUAUUCACCAUAGAUAUUUUUUUUUCACUUCAGCUUUAAUACAUUACAGAAAAUAAACCAAAAAGUUUCAUGGAGCGCUUAUUAGAGGAAGGAAGUGCUCUGAACAUAUGGUAGACUGAACGAGAAAGAAUCUACAAUGGAAUAAAGUCUUCCAAAUGAUUCAAAAGGUAGAUGCCUAGAUGUUUUAAAAUUACUGAUAUUUAAAACUACAGCUUCCAUGAUGCUUUGUCAUGUUAAAGGCAUUCUAAAGGUUUGCAGAGCAUCAUGGAAGUUGUAGUUCUACAGUAUCUGGAGAUCUACCUUGUGGGCACCCUUGAUUUAAACAAUAACAGGUGUAACUAUUACCACAAUACCAGUAUCAAAUAUGCCUCAUAUCUCUCCCCAGGAUUAAAGUACUAAAGAGACCUGGCAAUUAUUAUGUUGCUGGUUAUCAAAAUUACAAAGAACUGCACAACAUUAGAAGCUCCAAACUGGGGGAACAACAGAAUAACAGAUACUAUGUAUGAAAAACAAAUCCUGGAGGACUAAGCAAAACUCACAGACAUGCCAUGCACUUUAGCAAACUAUGGUCUCCAUUUAAUAUUUUUGGAUAUGCCUUUCAAAUGAUUUUAUAUUUUUGGGUAAACUUUUAAAAUGUUUUAAUAUUUUGAUAAUUUCAUAUUUUGAAAAAAAUAAUAAUUUAAAAAGUUGAUAAAUAAAUAAUUUGAAAAACAUAUACGAAAAUAUUAAUUUGAGGCCUUUAUAAGAAAAGCCUUGAACAUCGGGGCUAUAUUAGAAGUGAAUGACACAGGUGGUAUAUUUACUAAACUAAGUGCUAGAUCGAGACUAAAAUAGUCAGGUUGCAGGCAUUUUGUGGCUCAGUUAUUUCAAAAAUGGUGUCAAGACAACACACUCGCCAGGCUUUGCUCACUAAACCAGGAAGUUUGAAGAAUUGACAAAAUAAUUACAUAUCUUAGACCAAAACAUCCAAACCAUCAUUUCAAUUCAGACAAUUUGGGAUUAAUAUUUUAAUAACUUUUAUGAUGUCUACACAAUUGCUGUUUUAGAGAAUAGAACUUUAAGAGGAAUAUCUGUCAGUAGUAUGCAUUUACCUCUACGCCAUAUAAUACGCGCACACACACACACACACUCCAUUGCACCCCACCCAUUAUUUUUCCAUGUUGAUUAAUCAAGGUUAAACAUUAUCUUGAGAUAAUCUGUUCACAUGACAAUAAAAAACAUACACAUAAGAUAUCUGUAGAAACAAUAAAGCGAUUUCAAAGUGUUCAUGGAGUUUUCAAAGAUUGUUAAAAACGAAUACAAUGUAUAGCAUUUAUCAAUUUUAUUUUAAUUUCUGUUUGUUUUUUCCUCUGUCUCCUUCCUCUGGUAUUAAAAACAACAAUUACAUAGAACAUAUGAAAACAUUCUUAUGGAUAUAAAUGAAAAGCAGAAAAAAUCCUUUGGGUUAAACAAAGUCGGUCUGAAAUUCUAGCAUAGUUUAUUAAAUGUUAUGCCACUUAUUACAUGGUCUGUGGUUACCGAGCAAGAAAGAUCUAUGCCAUGCGAUUUAAACAGAGACAGAGUUCAGUGUCUGAGGUCUAUUAAAAAUGUAAAGUUUCUUGAAACAAAAUGAAAAAUUGUCAACAUUUUAUUGGAACUGAUCUUUUUCAUAAGGAGUAAUGUUUUAUAAAACAGUUGGUUUUCAUAAAACUGAAUGUUUUUGCUUGCUGUAUAUUUGCCUUAGUUAUUUUUGUUUUGUUUAAUAUUUUAUCACAUAGUAUUAACUUUAAAAAAUCAAACCCUCAUUAUUAUAUACCUUGCUGCGUGCAUUACAGAAUUAUAAAUUUUUAUUUUACCUAGAGGCAUACUUAGGUUACAUGGCACCAUCGUAGAAAUAAUUGUAUUUGGCGAAUCCCCCCUGCCCCCCGAACUGUAGAAUUUUGUUAAUACACAUUUGUUUAUACACAUCACCCAAACCUCCUUUUACCAGGGAAAUUAUACUCCCAUUUAUUCAUAUACAUGCACACAUACAUUCAUAUACAAACACACAUACACAUACACAUACACACAUUGAUAUCCAUACACAUAGACUCACAGACACACACACAUAGACCCCCACAGAGACUCAUACACAAACACAAAUUCAUAUAUACACAGAGAUACUUAUAUACACAGGCAGUCUCAUAUACACAUUUAUUUUUCAUUUUUAUUACAUUUUUUGUGGGGUUGAGGUCCACACUACUUCCCUUGACAGGGAGAACUAGAGUGUAAACUUAUCCCCCGAGUCCAGAGGAGAGUACUCUACGAACUCCCAUAGAACCUGUCACCUGGGGCGUUCAGUCUCCACCCUUCUGGUUAGAAUACCCUCACUCAUUCUAAUAUAAAAUGGGCCAAUAUAUAAUUUUCUUAACACCAUGCAAUGCAUGAACCAGUUUAGUAGCCCUUCUCUGACCUCUCUCCAAACUAUCAAUAUUACAUGUUUAAAUACACAUUUACAUUUUAUUAGAUGUUUUCACAUAGCAAAUGAUGUCAAAUUCUAUCAACUAGAGUUGACACAGUGUAUGGUUCUCUGUAUGUAGUGACUAGUUGGGAUAACUUCCAAUAGACAGCAGUUUGGGGGAAUUUUUAUAUCUGCUCAUUCUAUAUGGAGAAAUUAAGACGCUUCUUCUUUUUCUGUGCAGUGAAAUGUAAGACCAUUCCAUAAGAGCAUGCAUCACAAACUUUACUUAUACCACCGGCUGACAAAUGUUUGUGGUAUUGAGGAGCCAGACAGAUCUAUUUAAAAGCCAAUCUGACUUUUGGGGUUAGUUAAUAGCCCCUGGAGUAUCAUAAUAUGAGUGAAUAAUUUUAUCCAACGGGUACUUGUGCUGUUUUAGUAAUGUUAAAGUUAUGUUUAUUUUAAAAGUAAAGGAAGAAAGCAAAACAAAGCUUUCUUUAAAAUUAGUUUUAAACAAGCCUCUGCGUCUUCCACUUUCUAGAGAUUUAGCAGAUACAACUAAAGGUCUCAGUACUGGAUCAGAGACACCCUGCUAAAGUAUUUUCAUGAAGAUUAGGCAGCACUCAUCGGUCCUAUCUGAUUAAUGGGGGGCAGGGGUUUCUGUAGACUCUUGAAUAUUAAUAAAUGUAUGCAUGUAUGGUAAUGUGACAACAGACGAUCAUCUCUGGUUCUGUUCACGAGAAGGAAAAAUAAAUUGAUUUCCACUUCGGUUUGGCAAUGUAUCAUAGCUAGGCCAUUAUUGUCGAGCGGUCACCAAAGUGUCAGGAAGCUAAGCAAAUCAGAGCAGACCUGAGCUAUUCUUCUAUAUAAUGUCACUGUGAAGAUAAGAGGGGGAUUAAACAAACAAAAAGCAAAACAAAAAAAAAGAAGAAAAGAAAAAACCCUGUGGAAUAAGUGAGACUUACAAAAACCUUUCUGUCAUUUCAACUGGUUUUCCCCACAACUCAUCAUGCAGGACACAAUCAAACCGCGUUUGUCACAUUGCCAUUUCAAUCAGUGAUUUAAAAAUAUAUUUUUUAGAAUUGUAUAUUAAGUAAACACGACAAUUUAUUUCUUACUCAAUAGAGUCCCUGAAUCAAAUGUUUUAUAAAUAUAUCUGACUGAAAAUGCAUUCCUACAUCAAGGAAUUAAAAUUAAAUGUGAUUAUCCAAGUGCGAAAAGAUUCAUAUUUGUUUACAUUUUUGGAAACAUCACUGUUUAUUGAAAUAUCUUAAUACUCUCCGUUGCUUUUUUCUAACAAAUUAAAUUGUUUUCCUGUAAAGAGUUUUAUAAACUUGGUAGCAUGCUUUCAAAUUUCUGCACUCCAAAUGAUUUUGAACAGGGGCUGCCAAGACUUUACCGCAAAUGGCAAAUGGCCAUCGUUCAAAAUCCACUUUGGAUUUCAACGACCUCUGUUUAUAAAAUUGAUUUAGACAACUUUACCACAGCAGAUAAUACACAAUAGUUAACCCUUAAAAUACAUGCAUUCAAACAGAUAUUUUGCUUUUUACUGCCGCCUAGUGGUUGAUCAAAUAAUUAAGUUUGUCAGUUUCAGACUUUCACAUAUCUGUUUCUGUUAUUGAUUAGAAUUCAUACUAUCACUUAACAACGCUCUUCUGUUUUGAGUUAUUACUUUAGUUAUUGCAGCAAUUAUUAUUAUUUUACAGGAGCCAGCUUUGGACCAUUUUAUAGAAAAUCAAAGUACACUGGAAAACCAUUGCCUGUUCCAAAUGAAGCCACCUUGUCUCAGAGCGCGAAGCAAUUCCACAAGUAUGUUCUUCCAUAGAAUUCCGGUAGAGGUUUAAUUCUUUUACUCAAAGAAGGCUAGGCGAACUUUAGCAGGCACUAAUGGCACUGAGUACUAGUCUUUUUUUUUAGUAAAAGUAAUAAAAGUGUGACAAUACAAAAAAGUUUAGUAAAGUUUUUAACAUGAAAACAUCUCUAGUAUUUUAUGACUGAGCUUGUUGUCAUAUGUAGUCAUUCUAUGGCAAAUAAUUAAAGGGACAAUAUAGUCACCUGAACAACUUUAGCUUAAUGAAGCAGUUUUGGUGUAUAGAACAUGCCCCUGCAGCCUCACAGCUCAAUCCUCUGCCAUUUAGGAGUUAAAUCCCUUUGUUUAUGAACCCUAGUCACACCUCCCUGCAUGUGACUUGCACAGCCUUCCAUAAACACUUUUUGUAAAGAGAGCCCUAUUUAGGCUUUCUUUAUUGCAAGUUCUGUUUAAUUAUGAUUUUCUUAUCCCCUGCUAUGUUAAUAGCUUGCUAGACCCUGCAAGAGACUCCUGUAUGUGAUUAAAGUUCAAUUUAGAGAUUGAGAUACAAUUAUUUAAGGUAAAUUACAUCUGUUUGAAAGUGAAACCAGUUUUUUUUUCCAUGCAGGCUCUGUCAAUCAUAGCCAGGGGAGGUGUGGCUAGGGCUGCAUAAACAGAAACAAAGUGAUUUAACUCCUAAAUGACAGUGAAUUGAGCAGUGAAAUUGCAGGGGGAAUGAUCUAUACACUAAAACUGCUUUAUUUAGCUAAAGUAAUUUAGGUGACUAUAGUGUUCCUUUAAUUCUGAAACUAGUUCAGCAUAACAGAAUUAAAAUCCAAAUGACAAAAUUGAGGCCAAUAUGGCAAAGCUCUAGCUCAGUUGUAUAAACUUCCAAGAGCAACCUAAAUUUGACAAUUUGGAUUUCAAUUUGCUAAACAUCAGUGUGUAGUAAACCUACUAUGAACCCUAUGGUGAACUUCCCAUUUUAGAUGAUAGCCAAACUAAUAAAUAUUUGACUUUGAGAAUGUUUUAAAUUGAGCUAUUUAGGCAUACUAUUUAAAAUUGUCUUUUAUUUUCCCUUAUGAAUAGCUUCUGAUUGCACUGAAAUUUCUGUGAAAUUCAAACCCACUAAAGAAGCAGUUUUUCAUAAAGAUUCUAUCUAGGAAUCCUCAGACGUAACCACUUUAAAGUAUACUAGUCACAGAACGCACAAUUUUAUUUUAAAGAACAUUGAAAUUCAUCACUACAUUGUGUCAGUAGAACUGCAAGCAAAUAGAUAGAUUCCAUCCAUUAAUUAACAGGGCAGAGCAAGUACAUGCUUUGUGUUUGCUGUACUAUUCCUAUAGCAAUAUUUUGCUUUCCAUAGGAAUAUAGAAAAUAAUUGACAGAUACCCCUUUGUUCUGACAUUGAUAUGCUGGCAUAAAGCCACCAUAUUGAGGUCAUGGAAAGGUGUGUGCCAUUCUGGGGAAGUGUACUUAAGGUUGUCCAUUUGUGAUUCUGGGGGAAACCAGCAGUUAUUUUAUUUAAACGCCCACAAAGCUACAAUUAUGAAUCAGAGGUAAGUAGUUACCAAACAACACUGUUAUAGCUGUGCCAAAUGAGACUGAGGAUUUGCAUGUUCCUCUGCCCAGUUUGUCAGUACUGCUUCAGCUUUUAAGAGUUGAGCAAAAUGCGUUGGGGGGUUGGGACGGUACUUAACAUCAUAUCCUGCCAUGUCUCCUCCGCUCACUCUGCAUGCUGAGACUGGAGCUGCACUGACAGACUAGAAGAGAAACAUGCAAGGACUCUGCCCUUGUCCCCCUUGGCCAUGCUCUGAUCAGAGUGGGUGGGGGUAAACAUGAUAGUGUGGAAAAAGGAGGGGAUCGAGAGACCCAUAAGGGGAGUCAAGAGAGGCACACAUGGGGAGGUCAAGAGGCAGAUUAAGGGGUAAAGGGGAUUAGAAGAAACAUACAGGGGGUGACAGGGCUGCAGAGAGACACAAAAUGUGAAAAUUCCAAAGCAACACAAUCCUGCCCCAGGUGGAAGGCAGGCUCUUCCAAAGGAAAGGAGCCACCCGCGAGAAGUCCUGCAAGCGCAAGUUAGCAGUAAUCGUGCGAGCAGCGGACAGGUGGUUGUCACCGGCAGAGCAGAGAGACAGAGAAUGGGCAUAUCUAUGAAUCAGUGAAUAUAUCAGGGGCUGGAGUUGUUGAGGGCUCUAUAGGUAAGGGUUAGUAUUUUGAAUUGACACUUAUAGAGUAUAGGAAACCAGUGUGAGCAUCGACAGAGGGGAGAGGUGUGAGAGGAGCGACAGGAGAGAAGGAUCAAGCUGGCGGCAGCAUUCCUAAAUUGGUUUUAUUAUUAACCUUGAUAAUGCAUUAAUAUGUUAUAAUUUUGACCAUCAUGUCUUAACUUGUCUUUGUUUUAGGUGUCAAUCCCUAUUGGAUUGGUGAUAUAGACCCUCCAGUAACUAAGAAGUCAGCUAUUUUUACUGAAAGACAGUCAGCAAACCUGUGCAACAACCGAAAGUCACUGUCUCAGCAGCUAGACUGCCCUGUAGGGGGCGUGCAGGUACUGGAAAACUUUGCUGUCCUACAGAAUUAAAUAAUGCUCGUACUGACAUUUUUUCUAUGCUUAUUUCCCAUAUUCUUUUUUUUUUUAUAAUUCUUUAUUUUUGUUGUGCUUGAAUUACACAUCACAUUGGUAUAUGUAACAUUGCUCAAUAAUCAGCAUAAAUAUUACGAGUGAUCUGCACAAAUUUUAAAGGAAAUGACAGGCUAAUAACAUGAGGACUAACAAGAUGUAUUCCCCAGGAGGCAGCUAGCAGGAUGUGUAGUAAAAGAAUGAGUAUGAGAGAAGAAACAAUAAAACAGGGUGCUUAUAAAACAGACAGUGUUUCAUCUCCAAGGGAUCAAUAGAGAGAGGGCAUGAUGAAGGGCCUAGAACUCUUCCCCAUGCAGUUUGAGCAGUCAAACUAUCCUAUACUGACCAAGGACAUAGCAGAGUCCCAUGAUCUAGGAUAAAAGGGCAGGCCCCAAUGCCCCAGAGGGAGCUGGCAAGCUGAGCCAAGUUACAUAAAUGGGGGUUCUGCCAGUGCCCCUAUCUGAGUAAGAGUGCCCUUGGUAGGUUGCAGCAGUGCCUUCUUGCUUGUCACUGUAUGUUGAAGCGAUGUGUGUUUUCUGAUCCACCGCCAUGUAGCGACCCGAAUCGCUACUGAUGCUGUGGGUUUCUGCUGCAGGUUAGGUUUAGAGGUGGCUGGACAGGUUGGUAUAUCCUCUGCUCCAGCUUAAGCCAAAAAAUGUGGAAGAUUCUGUUCAGCCUGGACAUCCACCCCCCUUAUUUCACAUAUUCUAUCAGAAUAGAAAUUUACUGAUAACAUUGCAGUGGAAUAAAUCAGUUUUACAAAAUUGUCAGUAAGAAUUCAAUGUUUUAUAUGUACUUGUUACAAACUAUUAUCUGAAAUUGCGGCAGAGUCCGGUAAUAAAUUAAAGGGAUUCUAUAGUGCCAGGAAAACAAACCCAUUUUCCUGGCACUAUAGGCUUUUGGAGUGCCCCCCUCCCUCGUCUGUCCCCCCCCCCCGCCUGUUAGACAGCCACAGAGGGCAGACUUAGAGCUGCAAUGUAAACUGAACUGGAAUGUUUUACAUUGCAGCACUAAGUGCAAAAGAGUCACAGCACCCAGGCUACUUCAAUUACCUGAAGUGGUCUGGGUGCCUACAGUGUCCCUUUAAAGGACUACUAAAGCGUUAGGUAUAUUAACCUGUAUUCCUAAUGUUUUAGUACCCCCUGAAUAGCUUCCCUCCACGUGUGCCAUAAAAAUGACAGGACAACUGCCCCCAGGUCACUUUAUUGAGAUUAAAUGGCAUGGGUGACUUUAGUGGUCCUUAUUAGCACCAAACUUGCUAAAUAAGGUGCUUAUUUAUGUAGGUUAUAAAAAGAGAGAAUUUUUGUAUAUCUUACCCAUUACCGUUGGGAAAUUACCAAUAAGAAGGAGAUAUAGCAAAAAUUGAAAAUUUGCUUAAAGUACAAAGCAGGGUUAGAAGCAUAAUUGAAGCACUUAAUAAUGUAUGUUACGUUGUCCUCUCCUUUUCAGGAGAUAACUUGUGAUAACGUUUGGUGUGUUAAUGUAACAGUAGAUUUAAUAUGCUGUUGGUGUAAGGUUUAGUUGAACGCUAGGUUCUGUUUAACAGUGAAAUGAAAUGUGAUGAAUCUACAAUACAAGUUCUCAGAUAUCUUUCAAUGUUAAACCUCUGCUUCAACUAGUUAAAAAAAAUAGAAAAGUAUUGUAUGUUCUAGAUUGUUACUGGGUUAAUGAGUAGUCUCGGUGUUGCUCUAUGAGGAUACAUAUAGGAUCACCAGCAAGAUAUGUCAUCCUAACAAAGGAACACUAGGAAAUGAUAGAACGUUGUAUUACCAACCGUAGAGUAGCCGGGCUUACCGAUUAGAUAGAAAUAGAAAUCAGCGCUGAUACAAAUAAACAUGGACCAGAAAAAAGCUAAGCGAAGUCAGGACAAGCCGGGUCUGCUACCCUGUAGAUAUUAGAACUACACCUAGGCAAACAGGAUUAACCAGAGGUGACCCUAGAUGGUUGCCUAGGGCCCAGGGGUUAGAAAUGGGGCCCCAGAACCAUACAUUUGCUUGGCCCCAUUAAUCAUCCCUAUGUGAAGAAUUAAGGAGGGUGCAUCAAACAGGUAACCUGAGUAAUCCUUAUUUGGAAAUAGGUAAACUUAAGAUCAAAAACGUAGAUGUGUCAAAGAAACCAGACAGGUUGCACAGAAGACAAUAUUACCAGAAUAAUGCACUUAAAUGUUUGUGAAACCAAGAAAGAGCACUGGUCCAAAGGCAAAACACAUGUAAAUAAGAUCAGGCCCUUGCGUCACUAUUUGCAUAAUUUUUGCACAAGCGCACUGUGUUGGGAGAGACGCCAACUAAAAUAAAUAAAAAUGGCGAAAUAGUCUCAUCUUCCAUCAUUUUAGUUUUGUUUGAGAACGCCGCUGCUGAAUUGAUGCUUAUGCUUCAAAAUGGCCAUUCAGGUUUCUAUACAUAUCAUUAUGUGUUUAAUGUUCAUUAUUCUAAGAAUUCUAAGAAAGAAAGAAUUCUAAGAAAAAAUAAAAUAAUUUCAGAUAUGUAAUCUGCUCACAGAAAAUGUCAUACAGGAAAUCAAAUUGUCAAACAUCUUCCAACCACAUGUUAAAACUAAGCAUUUUUAAGUUUUGGAGAAAAAUGUGUUGUAUAUAAUCUAUAGUAUUGCAAUUUAACGAAGGCUAUAAACUUUAUAAUGUUGCAAAGGGCUAAACAUUUUUUAAUUCAUGCAAAUAUAAGUGCUUACAUUAUUAUUAUUAUUAUUAUUAUUUUAUUAUUUAUAUAGCGCCAACAAAUUCCGUAGCGCUGUACAAUGGGUGGACUAACAGACACAUAAUUGAGAUCAGACCACUGACGUACAGGAACAGAGGGGGUUGAGGACCCUGCUUGAUGAGCUUACAUGCUAGACUCAUUUACUUGUUUACCAUGACUGUCAGAGAAAAAAAGAAAAAUGAAACACUAAGAUAAAAAAAAAAAAAAAACACUUAUAUUGUAGAGAAAGAGGAUCUAAGCUCCGGAACUGAAGCAACAUUUCAGCUAAAUGAGAAGUUCUGCUUUCAGCUAUGAAGUUAUAAUGUAUAAACAUUGCUGUGUGAAUAGGGAGGGUGUAUGAAUUGGUGGAUGUCAGCGAAAUACCUAGAAUUAUUCUAAAGUGUGCAUAAUAUAGCGAUAAUUAGACCCUUUCCAAAAGGUAAUUUCUAAAAAGGUAUAUUUUAACAAUAUAUACAUUAAUAUUUUUGCUUAAAACUAUUUGAAUUGUGGUUAUUUGAAACAUAAAUUGUAGCUAAAUUGUAAACAUAAUAAACAGCUAUUUCAAGAUUUGUCAAUAGAAUGCUUUCAAGUGAUAUCUAAAAAUGAAAAAAAUACUCUGUUGUAAUUUUAUAUUUAUUCAUCUAUUCUUUGCAGAAAUAUUAGAAGUUAAAAACUAUAGAGAUAACAUAGUAUCCCUUAUCUUGCAAUAUAACAGACAUCGUCUGUAUUUUUACAAUAGUCAAAGGAAUUUCACUAUAGGGUGCAUUGCAGGCUGCUGUUGCGGCUAUCCAUGUAAUGCAAGUUAUGUACUCUCCCCUUACUGCCUGCUAUAAUUGGUAUGUGAAGAUUAAACUACAAAUGUUGCUGUAGAGUGUUUGAGAAAGGAGGGGGCAGCAAUUUACAGUCUUUCUGCAGAGAUGACAUAAGUCAUGACUAGAGUUGAGCUGUAAAGUUCGGGUUCGUACCGAACAUUACGGUUUUUGGACCCUGGACCCCGGACAUUUCACUGUAUGUUCGGGUUGGAGUUCGGUGUUCGCGAUUAAAUGGCGUCUUUUGAAAGGCUGCAGGGCAGCCAAUCAACAAGUGUUUGACUCGUGUGCCCUACUAAUGGCAUGGCUGUGAUUGGCCAGUGCAGCAUGUGAGCUAUCUACCAAAAGGCUGAAAGACCUAAAUUGGUCUUUCAGCCACAUUUACUAAUACUAAGUAAAGAUUACUUAGUAUUAGUAAAUUCAGCCCCUACUUGCUAUACCACGAGUAGGGACAUGUCUAGUAAAAUAGCCAGUGGCUGCUCACUGUAAAAAAAAUAAAAAAAAUAAAAACCUAUUGGCCCCCACCCCUGAACGGCGGGUAGGCGCCCUAAAGUAAAAUUAGGGGGGGCGGGAACCUAUUAUCCUUCCCCCUGGCCCCCACCUCUGAGCGGUAGGUGGGGGCCCUAAAUAAGAUUGAGGGGGGACUUACUGUGCUACCCCUGGCCCCCACCCCUGCACGGUGGGUGGGGGCCCUAAAUAAGAUUGAGGGGGGCAGACUUACUGUCCUCCCCCCUGGUCCCCACCCUUGAGCAGUUGUUGGGGGCUUUAAAUAACAAUGAGGGGGACCUACUGUCCUCCUCCCACCCCCCACCCCUGCUCAGUGGGUGGGGUCCCUAAAUAACAAUGAGGGGGGGACCUACUGUACUGCCCUCGGUCCCCACCCCUGUGCGGUGGGAGGGGCCCUAAAUAAGAAUGAGGGGGGACCUACUGUACUCCACCCGGCUCCCACCCCUGCGUGGUGGGUGGGGCCCUAAAUAAGAUUGAGGGGGGACCUACUGUCCUCCACCCGGCCCCCACCCCUGUGUGGUGGGUGAGGGCCCUAAAUAACAAUGAGGGGGGGACCUACUGUCCUCAACCCUGGCCCCCACCCCUGAGCGGCAGAUGGGGGCCCAAAAUUUAGAAUAAGGGGGGGACCUAUUGUCCUCCCACCCGGUCCACACCCCUGGAGGUGGGUGGGGACCCUAAAUUUAGAAUAGGGGGGACCUAUUGUCCCACCCUCAUUAUUAUUUAGGGCCCCCACCUGCCACACAGGGGUGGGGGCUGGGGGGAGGACAGCAGGUCCACCCUCAUUCUUAUUUAGGGCCCCCACCCACCGCAUCUCAAAGUGAUGUCCUUUUUAAUUGCCAUGGAGUCAUGGUCCAGUAUAGUCUUCCUGAGACACAUUUUGCUGGAAACAGUGAUUUCUCUAAAAUGCUACCAUUAUAUCGCUAUACUUUCUAACAAGACAUAUUUUUAUCUCAGAUAUCAAUUUCUGCCUUUUUGUAUUUAAACAUACAUAUCCAUAUAUAAUAAAAAUUAGUAAAACAUAUUCUCAAUGUAUUAAAUAAUUCACAUUUUACUACAUUUAUUCUUAUAUCAUGAAUCAAUUCAGCAUAUUCAUGGAUUUCAGAAUUCCAGCUUUUGUUCUAUCAAAUACCAGUAGCAAAGACAAGAAAGGGCAAAGGGAGUUGACAGAAAAUAGUGGUCCUCCCUCAUUCUUAUUUAGGGCCCCCACCCACUGCUCAGGGGUGGGGGCCGGGGGUAGGACAGUAGGUCCCCCCCUCAUUGUUAUUUAGGGCCCCCACCCACCACUCAGGGGUGGGGGCCGGGGGUAGGACAAUAGGUCCCCCCCUUAUUUUACUUUAGGGCCCCAACCCACCGUUCAGGGGUGGGGGCCAAUAGGUUUGCUGCUCACUGUUUACUAGACAUGCCCCUACUCGCGGUAUAGCGAGAAGGGGCUGAAUUUACUAAUACUAAGUAAUCUUAAUUUAGUAUUAGUAAAUGUGGCUGAAAGACCAAUUUAGGUAAUUCAACCUUUUGGUAGAUAGCUCCCUAAUACCGUGGGAAUUAGGGAGUUAUCUACUAAGCGGCAGCUUAUUUUAUGUUAUUUUAAGUGAUUUCCCUAUCCACAUUUGUUUGCAGGGCACUUGUCCUACUCUUAUCCCCAUUUUACUUCCUUUUGCAGCCCUCUAGCCCUUUCCAGGACUUUUUUAGAGGCAUUUUAGUGCCCAAAUGUUCGGGUCCCCAUCGACUUCAAUGGGGUUCAGGUUUGGGGUCAAGUUCGAGCCCGAACUCGAACUUUUUGACGAAGUUGGGCCGAACUCGGCGAACCUGAACAUCCAGGUGUCCGCUCAACUCUAGUCAUGACAGAAUUACAUUUUUCUACAUGGUGAGAAGCCAGUCUUCUGAUUUCCACUAUAGUAUUCCCUCCCUCCCUACCCCCUACUAAUGAAUGCAUCCCUUAAUGCAUACACAGUGAAGUCUUGCAACUACCAGAAGUGAAGAGGCAGAAAAUGUAUAAAUAAUAAAUGUAUGCAAAAUAAUCUUUGACAAUGUAUUUCAAAAUUGUGUAUAAUGUCUAUUUUAAUGCAACUGAAAAUAUGCUAUUGACUGCCAUACAAAUUAGUGCAAAUAAAAUAGGAAUUAUAUAUUGACAAAUAGUUUGUAGAUUUUACAAAAUAUAUGUAUAUACCUUCCCAUCUGACAACUGCAAUGCUGCAAUAUAUUUCCUUUAUAUCAUUAGAUUCUUCUUGAUCAAAGGAUCAGUCAUUUUCUCACGUAGCAGAAAGAAACAAAUCCCUAAAAAUGUUUUUAUCUUACAUAGUGUGUUAUGUCUGCAGGGUGUCACUCGUUCAUCCAGAUCUUUGAGUUCCGCACAUCUAACGAACAUACGUAGUCCAUCACAGGCCUCUGUUAUUUCAAAUAUCAUUUUAAUGAAAGGCCAAGGCAAGGUAAGAUUUUUAGUAUGUAUUACAAUAGUUUGAGAACUGUUCAACAAAGUCGAGUUGUGAAUGUAUGAUGUUCCCAUCAGACUGUCAACAUUUUACUGUCUAAAAGGUUAUUGAUAUAUGUAUUUUAAAUUCAAAGUGAUUCCACUUACUUUGCAUAUAACAUUGGCAGCCAUAUGGUUAAAGCUGUACAACAAAUGUUUUUUGGAUAUUAUCUUGAUCAGGGACUUGGCUUCAGCAUUGUUGGAGGAAAGGACAGUAUUUAUGGACCUGUAGGCAUUUAUGUGAAGACCAUAUUUCCAGGAGGUGCAGCUGCUGCCGAUGGCCGAUUACAAGAAGGUACUUUGUUCCGGAGUCUUUUACAAGGACAUUGCAACUUUUUAUAUGGGAAAUUGCUUGUCUGGGGCUGAGAAGAAAAUAGCCAUGAACGUAUUUAUUUUGAUUUUUUGUAAUCUGAAAUAGUAUUUUUGUGGAUACGGUUCGAUUUGUAUGUAUUUUGUUUUUCCCAGUAUAGAGGGUUGUUACAAAUUGAAGUAAAGUGCUUCGUUCUUAGUGAGACUUUAUGUAAGGACUACAAUAUUUUCAAUAGUUAAUCCAUUUCAUGGAAAUUAUGAUUUGCUAUUAAUUACACCACAUAUUAUCCUCUCACAUAAAUAAAACAAAGGAGAUAUAAAUUGGCUAAGAAACUUUAAGGGAACACUUCACAUACCAUAACAACUACAGCUCCCAGUCAAACAGUUUUUGAAUGUUCUGAUUUUUUAUUUGGGGCCUGCCAAGUGCUGUUCCUUGCCACCAUUACAAAGUCUGGAGAGCUGGAAGUAGAGGGAACUUCCAUUAUCUUAUUGACUGAGAUAUUGAGAUAGAUACAAUCUCUCAGCUGGUUUGGGGACUCAUGAGUUGCAUAAUAAUGUAGUAAAUAUGUUUUCCCAUGACUAACUUUUCCAUCUGCUUUUCUCACAGGGGAUGAAAUUCUAGAACUUAACGGAGAGUUGAUGGCUGGACUAACGCAUUAUGAUGCUCUCCAAAAAUUUAAGGUGCUUUUUGUCAUCAGAUUUUUCAUGUUAAAAAAAAAGUUUAUUUAUUUAUAUACAUUUAUUUAUAAACAAACCAAAACAAAGCAAGAAAAACUUUGAAAAGUAUGUAGUAAAUGUUUAUAAACUUACUAUAAACGUGGUCAGAUUGCACUGUUCGACAUGCCUCGACAGCUGUGGGAGUUUCUUCAGCCUUAACCUCUUCAGGGAGAUCUUCCAACUGCACAUGUAUAAAUCUGUCAGGCAUGCCCAAAACACUUUUCCAGCAUUCCUAGGGAUAGUUAGAUCAGUGUUCUCCCCUGGAGUGAGUGUGGAAAACAUAAGAAAGAAGAAGAUAAAUAUAAAAAAAACAACAUAUUUACCUGCUUUUUUCAGCCUGCUGAUUGAGGCAGUCGUCUUAUUCAAAGCUAAAACUUUUAAAUGUUGCAAUCAUCUCAAAGUGAUGUCCUUUUAAUUGCCAUGGAGUAAUGGGCCAGUAUAGUCAUCCUGAGACACAUUUUGCUGGAAAUGGUGAUUUCUCUAAUAUGCUACCAUUAUAUCGCUAUACUUUCUAACAAGACAUAUUUUUAUCUCAGAUAUCAAUUUCUGCCAUUUUGUAUUUUAACAUACAUAUCUAUAUAUAAUAAAAAUUUGUAAAACAUAUUUUCAAUUUAUUAAAUAAUUCACAUUUUACUACGUUUAUUCUUAUAUCAUGAAUCAAUUCAGCAUAUUCAUGGAUUUCAGAAUUACAGCUUUUGUUCUAUCAAAUACCAGUAGCAAAGACAAGAAAGGGCAAAGGGAGUUGACAGAAAAUAGUGGAAACCGAUAAUCUUAUGUAUUGAUAGACCACGAUCUUUUCUUAUUCAUUAUAAAAAGUUGGCACAUUUAAAAGAAGCCUUAUACAAUUUUUACGUUGCUUGUUCCUAUUCGUCAGAAUGCUCAAUUAGCAAUAUUUUUUUUUUUAUUUUUUUUUUACAUGCUUAUUAUAUAGCAUGGAUUAGCUUAUUGCUCAUGUAAUAUGUAUUUGUAUUCCUCAGCAAGUAAAGAAAGGCGUGCUUACUCUGACAGUUCGGACAGGACUCGGCACUCCAGAUGUGAAACCCUGUCACUUCACUUCUCAAAUGUUUCGGUCCAAAAGCUCCAGCACAUGCGCGGUGAGAGAACAUUGCUCUCUUCAGUCGGAAAGCUCUGCAUUUUUACCCAGCUCCCAUAAACCUAAUGACCGAGUGCUAAUGGAGGUGUCACUACACAAAGGUACUGACCAGACUUCAGGUCCCCUCACAUAUGAGCUGUCUGAGAUGCACAGUAACACAACAUUAAGUUCGAUCCAUUUAUAUAUUAAUCUUCUUAAUAUUUUUUUCUUUUUUUCCAGAACCAAUAGAUAUUAACUUAGUGUCAGUACCAUUGGUUUACAAUUAUUGGCCCUCCAACUGUGUUAGCAAAGCUCAUAUCAUCAUCGAGACUUGGUGGCAAAGGCAUUUCACCUUUUGAUUUAUGUUCUUACUGGUAUUUUCUUUUUCAGAGUCAGGCGUUGGUUUGGGGAUAGGAUUGUGCAAUGUUCCCCAGUGUGGUGAGAUUUCUGGAAUAUUUAUAUUUACACUGUCUCCCGGUUCUGUGGCCCACAUGGAUGGAAGACUCAGGUAUAAAAAUUAUUCCAGAGAUGAUAUUUAUAUCAUCCAAUAAAAAAUGUCUAUUUUACUAUAACUUAUAACCAACACAAAGUCAAUCAAUAUUUUACUUCAUAAUAAUCAAUAUGAUGGCUGGGCGUCUUAAACAACCGACUUUGGUGGUUGAGCUAGUAGGCAAUAUCCUGUGGUGAGAUAAGAAAUAAUUUCCUAUACCUUGCCAAAAUUAUCUUGUUGGAAAACAAAAUCUGAUGAUUUUGGAGAUUUUUGUUUUUAGUUCAUUGACCUUACCUUCCAGUUGUCAAGUCGCUACAACUCCCUGCAGAGAGAAUAAACCCAGAUGUCUUAAAUAUACACUGACUAUUUUCAAUAGUAUUAUUAUUUCUGUUAUAAUUUCACUUUUAUGUUUUAUAAUUCCUUUUCUGAUAUCGUCUUUUCCAUGUAACGUCCCCUAAUGCCAGCAUUCACUGCAAUGGCCAACACUUUUUAAUGGAACCAAAGUAUUUUCUUCUUCUCACUAUGUUAUACCCCAAAUGUAUUGUACAAUUAUAAACUUGAACAUCUUUUUUGCCUAAAAAAUUUCAGUAGUAGGUUGGGGCUGUAGGAGCUUUAGUUAGGUAGGCAACCAUAUACACCAUAAAAUAUGAGGAACCUUUGAAACAAUGUGGAGAUUUAUCAUCUUCAUAAAUCAGAAGAAGGCAGAGUGGAGUAUGGAGUAGAGCAACUACUGAUGUGUAAGGUAUAAGAAGACCUGGAUUUCUCAUCAGACACAGUUAGAUGCUGUCAUGGAUGUCAAGUUUUCUAACCUGAAUAAGAGAAAUGAAUGGAAUGUUCACAACACUUGGUCAUUCUUCCAUCCCCAACCUCAUUACUGCUGCAAAUGGUGGCGGCAGAACUAAAACUGUAAUUCCUAGUCUCCGGCAGUCACAUAUCUUGGAGACGAAAAACAAUCAUUUUUAGAAAUGUUUUUUUUUUUCAAAUACUAAUAUUUGGAAAACUGUGAUGUAUAGAUCACGUUUGGCAGCAAAAAACAUCCGUUGACUGAAAUAUAUAUAUAUAUAUAUAUAUAUAUAUAUAUAUAUAUAUAUAAAUGUGGUUCUUUGUUCAGCUCAUUUGCAUACGCCUACCCAGAAUCCCUUGAAUUAGUGAGAGCACUGUUAAAGUGAGAUUUCUGUGGGAAAAGCAAGUCUUAUGGCUUGACUGGUGUGUGCAUUUGUGUUUAGCAAUGUAGUAACAAUAAAUAUAUAUAUACACACACAUUCAGAGCAUAUAAUAUAAAUCCAACAAAACACCUUCUUUCUUCAUUUGAGUCUCUACCAGUGUCAACGGGAUCUCCAUUACUCUGGGGGAAAGCAUUGCUACUACUGUAAAUAAGGUAUUGUUCAUAGUUGCCAGGGAAUCGAUUAAUAUUCCAUCCCCCGAGACCCAUUUAAAAAAAAUAAGGCCCCCAGGGUCACACAACUCUAAUAUAAAUGUUCCUGCUAGUCCUCAAAUAUCUUGACAUGUCUUCUCCCCUUUAGUUUUAAAUUAUUCUCAUGUGCGAAUUUUUACUUUUGUUCAAACAUGGACAAUGAUUCCAGUAGAAAAAAAAGUGAAAACUGAAAGCUCGACCUGUAAUAUACAAUUAAAUCAGUACUCAUAAUGUUACCUAAAAUCACCUACUUCAGAUGGAUUCAUCCAAAUGGUACAGACAUAGUGUGUUUAGCCCAUUACUUUGCAAACUGUCCCAAUUAAUCCACUGUUGGGUUACAAUAAAAUUGGAGUGAUUUGGAAAGUAUAGCCAUAUGGUGAAAAUGAGUCUCCAUAUUUUGUAUUUUUUAUUUAGUAUUUUUUUUUUCUUGUUGGUUGCCUACUUUGCUGUUUGUUAAAUAGAUCCCCUAUAAAUGUAUAUCCUUUAUUCAUAAACUUUGUAUUUAAUGAACAUAAGUUUUCUUAUAUUCUCAAUGUAUUGUUUUAUAUAUGCUAUGCCUAAAACUAAUAUUUUCUUAUUAUCUACACAUGUUUAGAGGAGGUGACGAGAUAGUGGAAAUCAAUGAGACUCCAGUCAGCAAUAAGUCUCUUAAUGAAGUUUACUCUCUCCUAAGCCACUGCAAUCCUGGACCUGUCACUAUCCUGAUUAGCAGACAUCCUGACCCAAAGGUAAUUUUAACACAAGUUCUAAAUUGCCUCAAUGACAAAUCUAGUUACGUAUUAACUAUUACCAUAACAUACAGUGAGGGGAAAAAAGUAUUUAACCUUUUGCUGAUUUCGAACGUUUGACCACUGACAAAGAAAUGACCAGUCUAUAAAAAAUAAAGAAAAAUGCAUGUCAAAAAAGUUAAAAAUUGAUUUGCAUGUCAAUGAGUGAAAUAAGUAUUUGACUCCUUCGACUUAUUACUUGGUGGCAAAAACCCUUGUUGGCAAUCACGGAGGUCAGACGUUUCUUGUAGUUGGCCAUCAGGUUUGCAUACAUCUCAGGAGGGAUUUUGUCCCACUCCUCUUUGCAGAUCCUCUCCAAGUCAUUAAGGUUUUCGAGGCUGACGUGGCCCCCCAGAUUACCUCCUUUUAAAUCUUUAAAAGAACUUUCCCACGCUGUGUAAAAUGACACAGAGCACUCUGAUAGGUGGAUUAAGUAACCAAUCAGAGUGUUAUGAGUCAUUUUACACAGCAUGGGAAAAUUCAAAAGAACUUUCCCACGCUGUGUAAAAUGACACAGAGCACUCUGAUUGGGUGGCUUGAAAGGCCAUAAGGCAAAGAGUCCCUACUUUGUCUUAUGAUUUUAAAGAAAACUAAAGAAGACAGGAAGAAAAGAAUAACAGAUCCCGAGAGAGGGGGAGAAGAGGAAGAGAUUGAGGAAAGGUAAGUUCGGCAUGACAGUGCCGCUUUAAGGUCUGAAGACUGAUUAGGCCACUCCAGGACCUUAAUGUGCUUCUUCUUGAGCCACUUCUUUGUUGCCUUGGCUGUGUGUUUUGGGUCUACCUAUCCAUGACCUAUUUCCCAUGACCCAUUUUCCCAUUUAUGCCUUAGCAGAAAAACACUCCCAAAGCAUAAUGUUUCCACCUUAUUUUUGAUGGUGGGGAUGGUUUUCUUGGGGUCAUAGGCAGCAUUCCUCCUCCUCCUCCAAACAUGGCAAGUUGAGUUGAUGCCAAAGAGCUCGAUUUUCGUCUCAUCUGACCACAACACUUUCACCCAGUUCUCCUCUGAAUCAUUCAGAUGUUCAUUGGCAAGUUUCAGACGGACCUUACGGGCGCUGCAGGAUUUCAGUCCUUUACGGCGUAGUGUGUUACCAAUUGUUUUCUUGGUGACUAUGGUCCCAGCUGCCUUAAGAUCAAUAACAAGAUCCUCCUGUGUAGUUCUGGGCUGAUUCCUCUCCAUUCUCAUGACCAUUGAAACUCCACGAGGUGAGAUCUUGCAUGGAGCACCAGACCGAGGGAGACUGACAGUUAUUUUGUGUUUCUUACAUUUACGAAUAAUCGCACAAACUGUUGUCACCUUCUCACCAAGCUGCUUGACGAUGGUCUUGCAGCCCAUUUCAGCCUUGCGCAGGUCUACAAUCUUGUCCCUGACAUCCUUGGACAGCUCUUUGAUCCUGGCCAUGGUGGAGAGUUUGGAAUCUGAUUGAUUGACUGCUUCUGUGGACAGGUGUCUUUAAUACAGGUAAUGAGCUGAGGUUAGGAGCACUCCCUUUAAGAGAGUGCUCCUAAUCUCAGCUCAUUACCUGUAUAAAAGACACCUGGGAGCCAGAAAUCUUGCUGAUUGAUAGGGGAUCAAAUACUUAUUUCACUCAUUGACAUGCAAAUUAAUUUAUAACUUUUUUGACAUGUGUUUUUCUGGAUUUUUUUUGUGUGAUUCUGUCUCUCACUGUUAAAAUACACCUACCAUUAAAAUUGGUCCUAAAUAUGAAGUUGAAGCUACUCACCCUGGUCAGGAGAAGGCAGUGUUGUGUCCAGCAUUGAAGGGAGACGUAUUUUGUAAAAUGUCAGGUCACACUCACAAGGAGUCGUAGUGCAUUACUAAAUAAAUACUAAAACUAAAGGAAUUACUUCUAAAUACCCCCUUGUUCCUGCCAUGAAGGGACCUGGUGCAUAUAUAUAUAUAUAUAUGUUUUUAUUCAAGUCAAUAUCUCUCUAUAGUAACCCUAAAAUGAUUUAUUCUUCAAACUAGUUUGUUGUAACAUUUUUUGUUUACUACUCAGUGAUGAAGGCCUGAACAUUGCAGGCCUGUUGGAAACACAGCCCAGCACACUGUUUAGUGAAAAACCAAUCAUGUGAAAGACUGGUUAAGGACCCACUGGCAGCUCUCUGCUCCCAGAGGCAACCUUACUCUAAUAAGAUGUGGAAAUUCUUAUGUCAUUACAUUUUAUAGAGCCUGUUCAUCCGCUUGAAAAUGAGCCUGUUAAAUAAAACAGAGGGAUACUCCCUAGAAUGUUCACUCGCCAAUGUUUCAGCACUUAGAAACACUAAAAAAGUAACAAAGCAAUUAAGAUUCACACAGUCUUUCACACUUAUAUUAUUGCUGCUGUUGAUCCAAAGCAUUUAACCUCUUUAUUUUGGCUGAAGAUCUCCUUCCUGUGAGCAACUGGCUCAGCCAUGCAAUGGAUGUAAUCUUGUGACUGACUGAGGUAGAACUGUGAUUAACCCUAGAAGGACCACUGAUAUUUCAUUGUGAUAACCUCCUUCCAGUUCCUUAAAAGGAACACUGUAGUCGCCAAAAAAUUUCAACAGAUGGAAGUUGUUAUGGUGUCUGCGGUCUAAAGGUGCUGUGUUGUGCAUCACUACUAAACAGUGUUCAUUACACACAUCAUAGAGAUUGGUAACUACAGGCAUUUGCAUGCUAGGCUUUCAUCUUACUCUGAUUUUUUUUUUCCUGAAAUAUGUUUUAUCUGUUACAAUAAAAUGUUAUUAAUGUAUUUUUACUGUUAUGUUAUGACCUGUUAUAGAUCUCAAAGCAACAGCUCAUGUUGGCUGUCUCUCAAGCUGUGGAAAAGGAUCACGCCCAAUUGAAUUUAGAAGGUAUAAAAUAAAUAGCUUCAAUGUUGUUUAAUAGUUUGCAUUUUUUUUUUGCAAACAUGAGGCGGGGUGGACAUUUUAAUUUAAAAAACUAUUUAAACAUUCGGUGAGCACAAUUCAAAGAGUGGUUUGACCAAUGUACCUACACAUCUUCCAAGUGUUCCUCUUUGGAAUGUACAGUCACUCAAUAUUAGAGUAACUUUAUUCUAGGAGAUCUCGGGUUCAUGUGAGCAUAAGUGUAUAACAGAGCUAUGUGGCGUUGAAACAUAACAAUAAUGUGUCUAAAAAGGGUAGUACACCCCAGGUUUGAAGAGAACCUUUUUUUCUGCCUUACCUAUAGCUGUAUAAUUGGAAAUGAAAGGUAAACACUGUAUGUUUGGAAGGAGUGAUACAUUAAAAUAUACACUCUAAAACGGCAUAACCAUUAUGUUCCUUCCUCCAUCUGGAUAUUACCCCAUCCUAGCUGUAUUCAUAAUAAAGAUUUAACACUUCUGCAUUAUCAUUAAUAUUGUAAAGCGCUACGGAAUCUGUUGGCACUAUAUAAAUGGCAAUAAUAAUAAUAAUAAUCAUUGCCAAUUUCAUAAGGGAUAUUACGAGAUGUAUAAAAAAAAAUGUUAGGAGAGACACACAGAGCAAUAGUGGAUUGUCUAUGAAACUUAGUAACAACAACCUUGUUUUUUGAGCAGUGAGUUAGGUAACAAAAUAUCACUGAUAACACAGGAAGUCUUGAAAACUUGCCAAAACUAAAUAUUCUCUUCCAGGUUAAAUAGUGUGAUGUCAUUAUUAUAAUUAAUAUUAUUGCUUACUUUCCAUGACUUUGAGUGUAUUUUCUUUGCAGGUGAUAAAAUUAUAACUUGUUGUCACGGGAAAUUGCACUGUGAGAACUGCAUUGAGAAGCAUGCUGCACACCUGUGUUACACUCGUAGUGAUCAGAAGCAAAUGAUCCGGUCCAGCAGCGACAGCAAUUAUAACCCCAGGUCACUAUCUGGUAAUAUCGACCCAUACUAUGAUUCAACAACCAAAGGGCACAGCAUAGAUGUCCCUACGAGAAUGGAACCUACUCUACUGCAUUAUUCUUCACCAGUGAAACGGGAAAAUAAUUCACCAAUUGGCAAUGAGAUGCUGACCAUAACACAGGGUCCCUGUAGGAAAACCAGCAGACAUUCGGGGGAGAUAUUGGUAAAGAAACCAAGGACCUCAAAACCCACACCACCACCCAGGAAAUACUUUAAAGACGAUACGAAGGAGGACGUAAGUGCUAAUUUGUACACAAAUUUUCUCAUGAGAAUUGAUGGUAAUUGUAAUUCAAAGUAAAUGUGCAAAGAUUUGGUUCGUUAUGAACAAAUCGAUUCAUCCGUAGUAAAUUUGUCCAUUCACUAAUCUGUUUGGUCAGAUAUAAAUGGAAAUUUUGAUAAAUCAAUUAAUUGAUGGACAAACUAAAUGUUUGCACGUCUAAAUCAAAGUUAAUUUCAUUUUUAAGGCCAAACUAGCCAAACUGAAAACUGAAUUAAUAAAUUUGGUUAUUAAGGCCUACAUUUUGAAAUUCCCUUUGAAUUCACUUUGAAUUUCUAGAAACUCUUUGUUCAAUUAAUCCAGACAGCGUUGACUCUAAAGGGCUAUCAUACUACAAAUAUGACUAAUGAAGGGGUGAUGUACAUAAUGGGAGUUGUGCAUGUUAGGAUGGGAUCUCUAUAUGUGUAUGUGAAUAGCUGCUGGUUAGAUUGGAGUUGGGUGAUGGGUGGUGUGUUGACUUCAUGUGUAACGGGAGUUGUAUAUGGUGCUUUAUGUGUGUUAUGUGUGUGACAGUAUGACUGUGAUGGUUGUUGAGUCUGUGAGUGUGUGGCAGUUUGCAUAUGUCUGAAAGAUAUGUGUGGGUAGGCUAAAUGUUGUCAUUGUGGGUGGGUCUAGGAAGCCCUCCUUACUUUCAUUACUUUAAAAAAAAAAAAAGGAAAGUCACCCUCCCUUCUUGAUUAUAAUUAGUAAGAGAAGAGAGCAUCACUAAUUUAUGAUGGUAUUAAGAGGGAAUGAUAUGCACCUCAGAUGACGUUUACAGUUCCCUCUAGUUAGGGCUGGAGUUAUACUAUUUUGAGCCCUAGGCAAGAACAGCUACUUGCACCCCACACCCAAAAAACAAAAAUUUUGUGUGUCUCAUUCUUACCCCAGCCCCUUUGUGUGCCUCUUUCACCCCCAACUCCAUUGUGUGUCUCCUUUUCCCCUUACCAAACCCCCCUGUGUGUCUCUUCCCCUCAGCACAUUUGUGGGUCUCUUUCUCCCCAGCCCCUUUGUGUGGCUCUUCAUCCCCCAGCACUUCUGUGUGGCUCUUUUUCCCCUUCAACAGACCCCUUGUGUGUCUCUUCCCCCAGCACCUUUGUGUCUCUUACAUCCCCUAGCCCUUUUUUGUGAUGCUCUUCUCCCAGCAGUGUGUCUCAUUGCCCCCGGCCCCUUUGUGUGUCUUUUUGUCCCCUGCAGCCUCUUUACGUGUGUCUCUUUGUCCCUCCUAGUCCUUCUGUGCACCUUUUGUCCCCCCUCAGUCCUCUAUGUGUUUUGUUGCCCCCAUCCCUUUGUUGUUUCUCCUGUCCACACCUCCUCAUCUCUCUCCAUGUAGUGUGGCUAAGCCACGGUUGAGGAUUUUCUGUUUCCUCUACCCACGCUGACUGGAAGCUGUUCGGUGCUCUCAGUGAGCACUUCCUGUCAGACUAGCAGGAAUAGAGAGUUCUGUGCAGUGAGCUCCCCUCCCGUCAGUCACCUGGACAACAUGCCCCUUGGGUCAGUGCACCAUAGGCGGCUGCCCAAUUUGCCUAGCGAUCGCGCCUGUCCUGCCUCUGGUAUUGUGUACCCAGUGUAUUCCAAGACAAAGUGAUCUGCAGCUGCCAUAGGUCCUAACAACAACACUCCCUCACUACAGAUAAGGUAGCUCAGCCAGUCAGGGAGAUCUCUUUAUCUCUGCCAGCCUCUGGGGCUGCAGAAUGCUCCCAUCACUAGCUAGAGCUACAGGAAAAUGCUGGAUUUGUCUUACAGUAGCACCAUAGGUUUCCAGAAGUUGAAUGGAACUCCAUUAAGCAAUGCAUGUCUUACCCUAUUCUUGCACUUUACAUUGGUGGCAUACCCCAAUAUUGGGGGUAUGAAUGUGGGACUGAAGAUUGGCCAACAGGGGGCUGAUACCAAUAACACAGUGGUGGUAAGUACUGCAUGAAAAGGAGGCAUGGCAGUUUGGCAUGCAUGACAGAUUAAAAGAUAGCCAUUCUUGCCAGUGCCACCCAGAGUAGAAGUUAAAACGCCCUGCAAUGGGUUGCAUUUCCUGAGUAUUGUUUGCACAGGCUGAGUGCAUCUAAUGCCCUGGUGCUCUGCUUACUGGAGACUUUUCUCUGGUGUCCCAAAAAAUGGGACACCAAUGAACAGUGGGCCAAAAGCCUCAAAACAGUGGGCCAACAGCCCCAUGACUCACCCACUGAAUGUAGGACCAUUUAUAGGUACGUGGUAGCUUGACGUUUAAUUAAAUUUACCUAAACGAUUGCAGCAAACCUAUUGUUCUCACACUGCUGCUCAGAGUAUGAAGAAAUAGGAGAACACAUUUCCUCAGCUCCCACUGACUAAAAGGGCUUCCGGGUGACCCCAUUUAGUAUUAUUCUGUUAUAUAUUUUUAACCUGCUAGCACUUACUAGUAUACAUUUUCAUUUAUUUUGAGACUAAUUUAUGGGUCAGUUUAUGAUUUUGUUGGCCUUAUGCCAGAACUCUCUAAGGAGAACUUAAAUCCGUUUGCUUGGUUUGAUUUGUCUGGCUCCUAUUUCAGGCUGCGGAUUAUAAAUUUAGUGAACGCCAUCCAAAUAUUUGCCUCUUUUAUUAGUUACCUCAAUUAUUCUUUUCCAAAUCUGAAUUAACUAUAGUUAUAGACUUCAAAUUUAAACAUGCAAAUUCCCUGACUUUUGUGAAAAACUGUUUGUCACUUUUGCCUAAUAGUAAAAAGGUGUAGAUUUAUAAACGCAAACUGUACCUAAAAUUAAACAUGCAAAAGGCAUUUGUCAAAAGGCCCCACAGAAUGCAGAAAGUUAAAAUAUAACAAAACAUAGAUUGCAAAAACUAAAUCUGAAGUAAAUCAUGUCAGACGUAAAACAUGUAAUGUUUGAUAGUGGUGACCACUCAUAAUUAGUUUUGCCUGUAUUUGGAUUUAUUUACAGGGUUUAUUUACUUCCUGGUGUCAUUUUAUGAUCUUUUUCACAAUAAAUAAGCAACUACAAGGAUUGUUCCUGUUUAUUACUUUGGAGAUUCUAAAGAGUGCACUAUAAUCCUCAAUUCCAUUCAUCUGUACAUAAAAUUGACCUUGCAAGAGGCAUUUGUCAAAAGGCCCCACAGAAAGCAGAAGGUUAAAAAAAAUAGAGAUUUGCAGACCUACAUUCUAGACUGCUGCGCAAUGUUAGCUUAAAAUGCACCUCGUUAAAAAAAAAUAAAGAGAGAAGAAGAAAUACAGGAUGUGGCUGCAUAGAGGAAGUUUGAGUGUGCCCUGUGUAUAUCACAAUUAUUUGAGGCACAUCUGUCUGUCGGUUAUAGUAGAUCAGGUAUGCCGUUUGUCAUUUCAAUUACAUAACUGUCGGAAUAAAAAAUACAUGCUAUUAAAAAUGUGCUCCACCACUCAGAUAGGUAUUAAGCAGAUUGUCACACACCCAGGAUUAUUUCCUGAAACUCCAAGAGCUGUGAACUGUAGUAGUGAACUGAAAUCUAAAAAGCAAUUUUUUUUUUAAAAAUGGGAAUAGUUUGAGAACUUUGCCAGUGCACCUACAAACACAUGCUGGCUCUUUUACCCUAAAUGUUGCAAUCUGAAUUUGAAUUUGCUUCAAUUUGAGUUUAAUGAAUAACCCUGUUAGUGUAUGCAGUAAUCUGGCAUGUAACUGGGGUUCUCUAAAAUUAACUAGACUCCAAUGUUCUUUGGGCUUUAUCACUUGCAUGAUAGCUGCAGUUUUAAUAUUCAGUGAACAUGUAAACAUACAAGCUUACUGAACGUGAAACAUACAUUAAAUGUGUAGCACCCCUAUAGCUACCACAUCUACCAUAUUUUCCUGGACACAUAUUUUCACUUCUGCUGUUGGUCAAUGCAUGAAAAAUUCUGCCCUUCUGCCAGUGGCGUACACACAACCCAUGGGGCCCCGGUGCAAAACUGAUCCAUGGGCCCCUCCUCCUCCCUUUGUUAAAGCGCCCAGCGCUGACAAUCCACAUCCAUUGGUUGGCCCUAACAGCAUGGACCACCCGAUGGGCACCUUAACAUGCGGCCCCGGCUGUUUGCUGCCCGAGCCGGGCCGUAAAAGAUGACGGCGAGUACCCGGUCGCAGGAGUCUGCAGGGCGGACGGGCCCCCUGGAGUGACGGGCCCGGUCGCAACUGUGACCCCUGCGACCGCGGUAUGUACACCACUGCCUUCUGCCUAUAUGUACAUUGUACUAUAUAUGCAUUCAGCUGAUCGGUUAAUCAAGGAGGUAUAUCAAAUGAAUUGCCUGAUAACUUAGUUGAUUGUCUUUUUUUCUCAUCAGUAUGCAUGUGACAUUCUACAGGGGGCUAGGUACCCCCUAAAUGUAACUUUGAACAGUGAGGGGUGGUGGUUAUUCAUUUCGUCAUUUUCAUCAUAAUGAUAUGUUGGGAGAGGAGCAGUAGUGACAGAAUUAUGCUGGGAAGAAUGGAGUAUUAAAUAAUGAUAGCUGCAAAUAGCUGUUGCCUUGGACACUAUCCCUCACUAUUAACAGACAUGUAUGUCCCAGUGCUGCCUUGGGUCAGCGUCCCAACACUGCGCAGUGAAAGUCAGUUUAGCGCAGUUUGAAUCACCAACAGGCUUUGAACCCAUGAACUGCCUGUUUGUGAUCUAUCAAGUAACUCAUGAUGUAAGUACUUACUAUCAGGCUACAUCACGGCUUUUAGGGACUAUUCAAGAUGGCUAUUUUCUGAUCAGUUCUGAUCUUAACAAAAUGGGACAGCCUGCGACUUUCUUUUUCUUACAGUUAUUUUUAAUCUUUUGGUUGACACCUUUUGCUCAUUACAGAUUACUUGUGAAUAGCAUGGCGGAGAAUUGUACCACUGUAAUAUAAUUUUACAUUGCCUACAGAAAAAGUCUAAAACUAUAACCGUGCUUGCGUUAUUCUUGUCAAAGGAUGUUAAUACCUCUCCUACAUUGUGAUAGCAGAUGUAUCACCUUAAACACAACAUAUUGACACAUGAAGGAAGACUGGAGAGCUGAGCAGUAUCCUCUGAAAGCAUUGUGGUUAAUUCUUUUACAUACUGCUGUUUUUGUCUGAAUUGUUUCACAGGAAGCAGGAAACUUGCAGCUAAAGGGAAACCAGCAUAUUACAGCCAAAAGCUCAUUAGAUAGAUCUUCAUCAACCAGCGAGACAUCACUCACGGCAACUGCUGAGCAAGAAAAGCUUUCACCUGCAGGUAUGUCAGUAAACCGCCCCACCUCAUCCAGCAACAUUUAGGGUGCAUACAUAUGUCAUUCCGGGUGCAGCUCCCAUUACCUUCAUUCUGCGCAGGCUGGCUGAGGUUUGAGUGAGUUAUAGCAGUGUCUAAGGUUUCCUUUGUUAACGAUUUGAGAUUCAGCUUUUUCCAGUGAUGUGUUUCCGUUUGUAUAUGUAACUACCAUUUGUGUGCCUGUUUGGAUGCGUAUAUAUAAAAACAGGGCAUUAAAUUUGAAGCCCUACCCUUGGGGUAGGCAACCUUUGGCACUUCAGAUGUUGUGGACUACAUCGCCCAUAAUGCUCUUACAGUCAAAAUGAUAGCAAAGCAUCAGGGUGGAUGCAGUCCACAACAUCUGUAAUGCCAAAGGUUGCAUACCUCCUGCCCUACCCUAACAGCCAGUAUCUAAAAAUUACUUGCCACAGCAAGCCUGGAGAUUCCACUGAGAAUAUUUGCUAGGAGUUUCUACUUGCCAGGGCUAUAUUUUCACUCGCCAAUGGCUAGUGAUGAGUGGAAAUGUUGAGCCCUGCUAAAUAUAUAUAUAUACAUUGCACGCAAACUGUAUUCCAUACCAUAUCCUACUGUUUUCUGUGUGUAUGUCUAAUAAGUAUUGCAGUAUAUAUUGAUGCAUUAUAUCAUUGUCACUCACAUGCUGUGAACUCCACUAUCAGCUCCUGAGGACAGCAGUUCGAUGUAUCCUGUGCACUUGGUAGUAGUACAUUUUUUUAAAAAGAAAUUCUCUUUCUGUGAAAUGUGUCGCUCCAGGAAUAUUUCUUGUUAAUUACUCAAUGUCAUUAUGAAAGUUUUAUUUGUUUCCAAAACAAACAACAAAUCAUUAACACGUACAAACCAAAGAGGUCUCUCUUGGCUGCAAUUGACCCAUUUUUCUUUUUUUUAAAAUGCAUUGUGUAGAUAUUGCUUUAAACAACAUGAAAAAACAAAAACAAAUCCAAAAUAAUAAAAUCUAACAAAGAGAUAUUCAUUGUACACACAACUAAAGCUUAUGCAGGGUGGGCCAUAAUUCAGAGCAGGGUUUGAGGAGUCAAUAACUUUUCUAUUAAUGAACCAAUGUCAAUGAAGUGUUUGAGGAGGCAGGAGGAAGGCAGGACUAGAGGUCCAAUGGUGCAAUAGUAGAACACUCAUGGAUCUCUGAGAAUGGCAAAACUAGUGUGAGGGGUGGAAGCUAGGUAAACCUAUAAGAGCUCCAAAAACAUAUACAUAUAUAAUGUAUCUUUGUGAUAAAUGUUAUGGUUACUGGUUUAGGAGAUGUUUUAGGGAAAGUUGAACCAGGAAUGACAGGCUCACCUUAACAUUCCUUCUUUUUGUGCAAAGCCACGUCAUCAUCAUGCUUGACAUUAAUUAUCUUUGCCAGUCAGGAACUUUUCAAUCAGGUCUAUGCAAUAUGAAUUGUUAGACAUGUUUACUUCAGCACUGAAAGAGUUAAACAAUAGUGUGAAAGCUAGCUGUUUAACUCUCGUUGCUGUGGUUUACAAAUCUGACGGUCACAAGAUAUAAGAUCACCUAUUCCGUAUGAAUCUGUCAAACUACUUGUUUAUAUUCACAUUAUCUAGUUGGAGUACUUGACUAAAAUAUUUCAAGGCCUUCUGCAUACAGCCUCAGUUUUGUCCAGAAAAGGAGUUUAACUCAUAAAUGUAUAACUUAUGACAGCAGUUAACAGACAUAUAGCAUCCCAGAAACCUUUGCUGUGCUUUCAGAUGACAGAGGAGGAGGGCUAAGAUUUAAGAUGCUGCUAAUCAUUUUGUAAAAAAAAAAAAAAAAUUAUCAUAUCAUUACCUUAAAAUAAAAUGACUAUUUCCAUGAUUAUCUAUGUAGUAGAUAUAUUGCCUUUAUCAUUUUAAAACAUUUUUAUUCUUAGCUCCAAAAUUGUCUGGAGUGCUGUUCGAUGGAAUUCCGUAAUAUGCAACUACAGCAGCUUGUUGAUCUAAAUAGUUUGUUUUGUCUGUCAAAUAUGUCAGAUGGUAAUAAUAAAUGCCCCAUGGGACUAAAUAUAAUGCAGUUAAUAGACCUAUUGUUCUUUGUGUUCCAUAGGAAAUCCAAUUCAAUCACAACACAGGCCAUUGCUUAGAAGACAAGCGCAUAUCGACUAUAGCUUUGAUCCAACAGUAGAAGAUCCGUGGGUCCGAAUCUCUGAUUGUAUUAAAAAUUUAUUCAGUCCAACUAUUAACGAAGACCGUGCUCUUAUGGAUCUUGAAGGGGGACUAAGUUUAGGGGAUCACAAAAAUGCUCAUUCCCCUACUGAGCAUGUCAGACCACCAUCUGAAUGUGAGGAACCUGGUUCCCAAAUAUGUAGACCAGAUGAAACAAUCAGCUUUAAAAAGGGCCCUCCGGUAGCACCAAAGCCAGCAUGGUUCCGCCAGAGUUUAAAGUCCUCUAAGAAUUCAGAUAGAAAAUCAACUGAAAGCUCUUUCCUGACUAAGCCCAAAGACCCAAAUAAUAGCUUCAAGUUAUCAAACAGUUCCAAUAGGACAUCAAUAAAACAGAAGAUCAGCUCUUUUGAAACAUUCAGCACACCACAUUUUGUUGGCAAAGGAAAUGAUAAGCCUCAUGUCAAACCCCAAGUGCAGCAAGGAAAACCCGCACACACAAACGAAGUAGAAUGUGUUACGGUUUGUUUUAACAAAAUUAAUGUGAGCACUGUUGAAAAUAAAGUGCUAGAUAAACUUGAACCAAAAAUAGAUGUUCCUAAGGUUCAUGAGAAAAAUGACCCAAUACUAUCUCACUCCCCACCAAAAAACAAUAUUCCGAGUGCAAGAAGAAGCAGCAGUACCGGUAAUGAACCACAGUUUUACAUUCCAUGUACUGAACUGACUGAGCCUAUACCAUACAAGGCCCCCAGUCUGAGAUCUAGGAGCUUCCCAUUGACCAAGUCCUCAUCAAUCGAUGCUACAACAAUGAGUGAAAAUUGCAGCAAGAUUUAUUCCAUCAGCAACCAGGUGUCUUCAGCUUUGAUGAAGUCCUUGCUAUGUUUUCCUCCGCCGUCUCCUCAGUCUUCGGUCACUGAUCCAUGGCAACAUGACACAGACGAGAGUCAGUAUAGCUCAUCAAAUGAGAAUCACCAUUUAGACUCAGGAUUCUCUGUAAAGUAAGUAGGCUGUAGAUGUGUGGAAGAGAUUUAAAAAUCUGACUUUGUCUAUAAAAUUUACUGAAAAUGUAUACUAGAUUAAAUGCAGUACUGUACAACAGACCAUAUACAUCUAAGCCAGUGGUUAUUAACACCUGGGUGGAAACCUAAAUUUGGCUCACCAAGCUAUUUUACUGGGUCCCCAGCCCAGGGGUAUAAACAGACACAUCAGAUUUAUCUCUACUACAUAGAACGUCCCAUAAUACUCUAGUUACUGUGGCACCACUGCCUUCCUACAGAGUUGCAAGUUCAUUUUUUACAACUGAAGAAUGGGUAGCCAUGCUAACGCUAUGUACCUAUUUAAGUCCCUAUCAUAAAUGGAUCAGUGAUGUAAGAAGCACAGAGGAGUUAUUUACAUACCAAAUAUUAUACCAAGAAGUAUACAUUGUGAUUUUUAUUUUCUGGUACAAAAGGAGACAUAUAUGCUACUAUUCUUAAUGAGUUGUUCCACAUAUAAUAGACAUGAACAAUACAGUUAUAAAUCAACAAUGAGUGCAGCUGCUUUUUGGUUUAAGAUAGAUGGGUGAAGCUAUUUUCAGGCACUUCAAAACUGGUAGAGGGUUAACUGCAGAAUAUGCAGUGAUCAGCAGAAACUCUGCAUAAUAUUAUUUGUGCAAAAUUCACACACAUUACAUCAUCUUCCUUAUAGUGAUUGCCUGGAAUUUAUCAGUUUGUCCUAGAAUUAUGACACUUUUGACUUUUGUGAUACAUAUUUAUUUAUAUUUAAAAUAUAUUGCAGCAGGAAUUGUAACAGAGUACAGAAAUGCACACUGAAUUGAGUGUACUUAGUGAACUUCAAGUAUUUUACUACCAACAGUGUGUAUACAUACUGUAUCAUUGGCUUUGUUAUGCAUUUUUUAUAUAUAAAUAUAUAUAUAUAAAACUAAAAAUCUAAUUUACACCUCAUUUACAUUGAUCUAAAUGUUAGUGUUGGUUCUUACGCAGCUGAGAAAUGAAUUUCUUCCAGAAAGACUGUAAAUGAUGGCAGUUCUCCCCUUUUUACAAGAGCCCGUAUGACUCAUUGUGUACAAGCCUUCUGAACAAUGUCCAUAAUAUUAGCCAGUCAUCUGUAAUUAUUGUAUUUAACAUUAGACGAUCAUAAUGUUUGAUUUCCAAAUAAAUUCACCAAUUUAAUUAAAAUUACCCCAAAGCAGAUUUUGCUGCAAUGUUUUAAUUUCUAGUAAGUUCUGGUCAGGUUGGUGUGUCAUAUGGUCAUUUUUCAGAAACCUGAAGGAGUAUUUCAAAAUGUUAUUCACAAUACAAUUUAGAAAUAAUUAGAUGAGUUAUUCAUGUGUUUAAUAAUAAUAUAUCAUAAUAAUAUUACACAUGAAUUUACCUCUGUCUAAGUAGUAAAGAGGUUAAAGUGAAAAUACACUGGAAGGGUAUCUCAAGCUAACAUGUGCUUUAAACAAAGUGUCCUUAGCCUGUAAACACAUUAUCCAUGUACAUACUUGCUAUCUCUGAUUAUUUAUUAAUACAAAGUUGCUGAAUAAUUAAUAAACAAAAUACAUUCUCUGAUUUAUCUUGAUUUAAGUAGCAAAGCUGAAUUUUCCUAAUAUUUAUUAAGAAUAGAAAUAUCCAAAUGAGAAGUAUAGGAAAAGAGCACAACUUUCAACAAUAUCUGUAUUUGCUGAAUAAACAAUUUGCCUCUACUUGUAAAUAACAGUAGUGUUAUACAAUAGGAAGCUUGGAUUUCAUUUAAAAUAUUGCACACAUAGCUUGCUAAGCAGCGAGGAAACAGAUAUGCAAUGUGCUCCCCUAUUGCUUCAGGUCAUCAGUAAUGUAGGGGGUGGGCGCGAAGUGCAGACACCCAGCUAUCAAUUUGACUGAAGUAGAAAGCAUGAGUACUCCUUUUUUCAGUUCUCUUCUCUGUAAAGAGACGAAAUAAGAUCCCACUGGGUCUAGGCACCUACCUUCAUUCAUUUUCUCUUUUCAUUCUUUGCAUAGGGAUGGUUAAUGGAGCCAAGCAAAUUCAUGGCUCUGGGGCCCCUGUGUAACCUGUGGCCCCUAAGCAGCCGUCUAGGGUCACCAUACGGUUAAUUUUGCUUUGGCACUGUAUUGUAUUUCAUUGGGUUGGACAUACAAAAUUAAUUGGCAUAUCUUAAAUGUGACACCCAUGACUUGGCAGUGGUAAGGGCAUUAACUUCACAUGUAUACUUUGAAGGCAAGUUUGCUAUUUUUUUUAUAGAUAAACAACUUGAACCAAAUGGAGAGUGUUUGGUUGGAAUUAUGGAAGUUUGCAAACAAUUCACCGUUAGUGAAGAAUAUCAGUCACAUUAAAAGUUAUUUUCUGUGUUUGUUUGUACUUUCCGUCUUUAUUAGCUGUUUUCCACACUUUUCCUCUUUACAAAAUGCAAGUUUAUAAGCAUAAACAAUAUAAUGCAAUAUAAUGCAACAAUUAAAGGCAAACCCCAAUUCGAAAUACAGGAAUGCUAGCAGGACAGAAAUGUUGUGUGUGUACCUUUUAGUGGAAGCUGAUUAAUGAUCUGUAAAUCUGUUUGGUCUGUAUGAGAUAUUGCAGAUGGAUUUCAGAUUGUUUAAAGUUUUUCUAUUACAAGUUUGAGGUUAUAAUUUGUAUUGUUUUUUUUUUUUACAUUAAAUCAUUUAGUAAUGAUUUCCUGGUGAGAAAACCUUGAUAGUCACAAGAGGUCUAGAAGUAUCAGUAGAUACUUGUUGGAAGAAGUUGAGAGUUGGCUAUCCCAUGUCUAGCAGGGACACAGAAAAACUACAUACCAUGGUGGAUUACUACUAACACCUUUAUCAUUUAGUUACCUAAUUUAUCUGACAAAACCUUAUGUAGGUUGUUGGGCACUUUUUAGUUUAUUUGUUUAUUUCAUUCUUCAUCUGUGUAUUAUUGUAGACAGUGGGAGCUCAGAUAUGAAAAUAUAUCUUAGGUGUCCCUAUAUGAAAUUUCACAUUGUCAUUCAAAUGCUACCAAAAAUUACCCUAUCCAUUUUAGAUCUUCAAGAAAGUUAUUAAUUUCUUCUUUUUCGCAAAAUGUGUUGAUUACACUUGGUGUAUUAAAUGUUAAAAUGUUUGCUUUUUUCUGUCCUGUAUUACAAAUGUUCUCACACUAUGAAUUUUCUUUACUUAAAGCCUCUCUGAAUUAAGAGGAUAUGGAUCAGGGAACACAGAGAAGAAGGAAGAAGAUGCAUCAGAAAAGUUGUCUUCAAUGUCCAUAGCAGCAACAUCUUCUGGUCAUAGUGGUCAGUCUGUCAUAUCAUUACUUCCACAGGAAGAGCUAACACGACUUGUAGAGGAUGUCAAAGAGCUGGAUGAAGAAACUCUCAAGGUCUGUAUUUUAUUUAAUAAAUUUUUUUACCAUAAGUGUAGGAGUCCCAGGAAAUCUAAAGUGAUGCCGGACAUUUUGUUCAAGGUAACUAUUAACAUCACCCCUCCACCUCAAAGAGUUAGUAAUUUCAGAUAUAUCAGUGCAGGCAGUCAUCUAGUUAAAUCCCUUGGAGGAGCUUAUCUUAGUUGGAGCAGCUUAUGAUCAGCAUACUAACUGGAGUUUCUCUUUUGUGUUACAUUGUAGAGAUAGGUAUUCUAUAGGAUAGCAUGGGGAUGUAAGGAGAGUCUUGUUUAAUAUGUUUUUCCCCUCUAGAGAAGUGAAUAAUACCACUACUAAAUUUACUCCUCUGGUUAGUAUUGAGGGUCUUACCAGGUGAACCAGAGGAUCUGUUCCUAAUGAGGAUCUGUUCCCUCAAACAGAUAUAGGUAUAUGUAUUGUUUAAAUUAGGGCAAAAAAAUCACAUGAGAAAUUGUACAACUGUGAGGGAAAAAAGUAUUUGAUCCCCUGCUGAUUUUGAACGUUUGCUCACUGACAAAGAAAUGAUCCGUCAAUAAAUUAAAUUUUAGGUGUAUUUUAACAGUGAGAGACAGAAUAACAAAAAAAUAAAUCCAGAAAAAAAGCAUGUCAAAAAAAUAUAAAUUGAUUUGAAUGUCAAUGAGUAAAAAAUAAGUAUUUGAUCCCCUAUCAAUCAGCAAGAUGUCUGGCACCCAGGUGUCUUUUAUACAGGUCAUGAGCUGAGAUUAGGAGCACUCUCUUAAACGAAAUGCUCCUAAUCUCAGCUUGUUACCUGUAUAAAAGACACCUGUCUACAGAAGCAAUCAAUCAGAUUCCAAACUCUCCACCAUGGCCAAGACCAAAGAGCUGUCCAAGGAUGUCAGGGACAGGAUUGUAGACCUACACAAGGCUGGAAUGGGCUGCAAGACCAUUGUCAAGCAGCUUGGUGAGAAGGUGACAACUGUUUGUGCGAUUAUUCGCAAAUGUAAGAAACACAACAUAACUGUCAGUUUCCCUUGGUCUGGUGCUCCAUGCAAGAUCUCACCUCAUGGAGUUUCAAUGGUCAUGAUAACGGUGAGGAAUCAGCCCAGAACUACACAGGAGGAUCUUGUUAUUGAUCUUAAGGCAGCUGGGACCAUAGUCACGAAGAAAACUAUUGGUAACACACUACGCCGUAAAGGACUGAAAUCCUGCAGAGCCCGCAAGGUCCCCCGUCCCCUGCUCAAAAAAGCAAAUGUACAUGCACGUCUGACGUUUGCCAAUGAACAUCUGAAUGAUUCAGAGGAGAACUGGGUGAAAGUGUUGUGGUCAGAUGAGACCAAAAUCGAGCUCUUUGGCAUCAACUCAACUCGCCGUGUUUGGAGGAGGAGGAAUGCUGCCUAUGACCCCAAGAACACCAUGCCCACCGUCAAACAAAGAGGUGGAAACAUUAUGCUUUGGGGGGUUUUUCUGCCAAGGGGACAGGACAACUGCACCACAUCAAAGGGACGAUGGACAGGGCCAUAUACCUUCAAAUCUUGGGUGAGAACCUCCUUUUCUCAGCCAGGGCAUUGAAAAUGGGUUGUGGAUGGGCAUUCCAGCAUGAGAAUGACCCAAAACACACAGGCAAGGCAACAAAGGAGUGGCUCAAAAAGAAGCACAUUACGGUCCUGAAAUGGCCUAGCCAGUCUCCAGACCUUAAUCCCAUAGAAAAUUUGUGGAGGGAGCUGAAGGUUCGAGUUGCCAAACAUCAACCUUGAAACCUUAAUGACUUGGAGAGGAUCUGCAAAGAAGAGUGUGACAAAAUCCCUCCUAUCUGUGUGCAAACCUGGUAGCCAAUUACAAGAAACGUCUGACCUCUGUGAUUGCCAACAAGGGUUUUACCACCAAAUACUAAGUCGAAUGGGUCUAAUACUUAUUUCACUCAUUGACAUGCAAAUCAAUUUACAACUUUUUUGACAUGCGUUUUUAUGUAUUCUGUAUUUCGUUAUUCUGUCUCUCACUGUUAAAAUACACCUAUCAUUAAAAAUAUAGACUGAUCAUGUCUUUGUCAGUCGGCAAACAUUCAAAAUCAGCAGGGGAUCAAAUACUUUUUCCCCUCACUGUACCAUAAUGAAGGCCCAAUGCGUCAAGUCAUUAUUUUAAAAUAUAGCAAAAGAUAUUCACAGACAUAGUACAUUUACAUUCCAUAACAGGUAAAUACUGUGUGUUAGUUGUUAUUUGUGAUUUUUGCAUUUUGUGACAAAUUAACACAAGGUGCAUUCUGUUAAAUAAACUACCUCAAACAAAUUUACUCUUUUAAAAAUCUAUAGGAUCUCAAAUUUAAUUAGAUGGCAUCUAUUGUCAUAUAAUAGAAAUUAAAUAUAAAAUUUUCCCAAAAAUUAUAAGUAUGGGAUAUCUUGGAACCAUGACGACGUCUUGCCCCCCCUUUUUUUCUCCCCCCACAAAAAUGACACAAACAGGGUCAUUUACUAAAGUGAGGCUUGUCAGGAAUUAGUGAAUUAGUAAAAUAGCUGAAUUAGAAAAACGCUCCAAGUCAUCAGUGCUUCCACUUAACCUAUUUUGCCAUAAAGUUGAAAGUCAAAGUAAACUUGGAAUUCCUGGCAAAUUCUCACUUUAUCGAAUAACCAUGAAAAUAAAUUAGAAUAAUCACUGCAUUCUUUUGGUCCUUAUUUAUUUAUUUUUAUAAUUGUAAACUUAGCAUAUGUAUCGUCUAUUAAUUAAACCUUGAAAGGUGUAAUUAAUUAAAAUCACACAUUUCCCUGGAAUUUGUUUGUGUUUAAUGAGAUUUAAAUUGUUUUAAUAAUCUGGACAUGUGUGACCUUUCGUAUGUUUUAAUUAAGAACUCACAAAAUAGUAACACAUUGUGAGGUGUUGUCUGGACAUCCAUUUACAAACCAGCACCAACAGCAUUCAAGUUGUCUCUACUGCCUUUUGGUCUUCGUGCAUUAGUUUUGGAAUCACCUGUAUGAAUGUAUAAAUCAUUAAGUAGUGAGUGCGUGUUAUCAUGAGGUUAAAAGUCAAUUAGUGGUGUCUCGACCCAAACAGUCCUGUUAUUGUACUGUUCAACCAGCUAAUAAAAUUCUACUUCCUGUUCAGCAAUUUGAUGACAUUCACGUGGUUGUCCUGCACAAGGAGGAAGGGACCGGCCUGGGAUUUAGUCUUGCUGGAGGUCAAGACUUGGAGAACAAGGCUAUCUCUGUAUGUACUAACCUGUAGCAAAUAUUUUAUUUUUUUUGCUGAUUAUGCCUUUAGCCUUAAACAGUUGAUUACAUAGCUUAAGAAGUUUGAGAUUCUCAAAUAAAUUUGCCAGAUGAACACUUUACUAAGGAACCCAGUCAAAAUAUUUGUAUCUGUGUUGAAUAAGAUAAUAUAUUCUCCUGAAAUAUACAUAAUUUAUCAGUUGUUUCUCUCAUUUAAAGGACAAUCUAAUAUCCUUACCCCAAAACACAUUUAAUUAUUGGUAAUGGUAAAUAUUACAUAUUUAUAUAGUUAAUACAAUGUUAAACAAAAAUCUGCACACCAGUCAAGCCAUAAGACUUGCUUUUCCCACAAAAGUCACAAAUCUGCAGUGAUGUUACAACCGCAAAGGAUUCUGGGUGGCCAUAUGCAAAUUAGUUUAACAAACAAUCACAUUUUUGCCUUAUUCCAUUUUAAAAAUGGAUUCCUCAGAGUCUGUGUUUGCUGUAUAGAACAGCUUGAAACACAACUUAGGAAAAGAUGCAAAGCCAGUGAACCACUCAUGGACAGCUGUGUCAUUGUUAAUGCAAAUCAUCAGCAUGAGGCUGGUUACUGGUUUGCUAUUGAGGCUUGGUAGUGCUUAGGAAGCAAAAACCAAAAAAGUUAUGGUGGGGAAAAAAAUGUGAUUGAAAACCCCUUCCAUCUGAAGUCUGUGGAUAGUUAAUACAUUGUUAAACAAAAAUCUGCACACCAGUCAAGCCAUAUAUAUAUACACACACACCAAUUAUAGCAUAUUAUAUUACAGCGUAUACAGCAUUUAAUGCAAUAUCUGAAUAAUUAAUAUUUAUGUUAAGCCAUCACUGUGUCAAUGCACUGUAUUUGGUAUUGAUCAUGAUUAAUUUUAAAAUGUGUUGGCUCACUCAAGACUGUAAAUGUAGAUUAAAUGGAUUCACUAUGAGUCAGCCAAUAAUUAACAGCAUAUUUAUAAAACUGUGUGUUUGUAAAAUCAAAGUGACUCUGUUAUCAUGUUCAUCCAGUGGAUCCUCACCUGCCAGGAGCUAUCGUCAGUGCUGUAUUCUUGUGCAUACGCGAGAAUACAACACUGAGGUCUAUGGUUGGUUUGGGAGUCUGUGGGAGCCUCCACAGGCAAUGCCUUUUUCCUCCCAGCAGUCACUAGUGACAGCUGGUGGAAAUUACAAAAUUUAUGGUGGCAGCUUUGCCUUUUUGGCAAGUUCUGUCAGGUGUACGGAAUAUACAUAAAACAAAGUAGUCCCUACUUAUUCUUAUGAUAUCUUUGACUGUGUUGGAAUUCCAGUAAAAUUCAAACACAGCCAAAACAGCAGCACCUCAUCUUGAUGUCAGUGAUAUUUUCAUUAUACAGUGAGUUGUGGUGAAUAAACCAGCUAGUGGUCUAUUCAUUAUACUGUGAGUUGUGAAAUUUGGACAAUCAACUCGGCUCUUUCACUAAAUAUUGCAACUUGGUAGUCAAUUUAUCACAAGUAUAGUGACUAGAGUAUAGCGAAUAGACCUAACGUUAGCUGGUUUAUUCACCACAGCUCUCUGUUUAGAAAAUGGAACACAAUUUGGUUUAUCCACCAUCACUCACGAAUAGACCACUAACAAAUAUGACACUAGGUGAGAAAAUAUAUAAAAAGUACAGGAUGCAACAAAAAAACUUGCAAAAAAAUAUAAUGCACAGAAUAGUGAUGUCCCGAACGGUUCGCCACGAACGGUUCGCUACGGACUCAUCAUUGAGUAAACUUUGACCCUGUACCUCACAGUCAGCAGACACAUUCCAGCCAAUCAGCAUCAGACCCUCCCUCCCAGACCCUCCCACCUCCUGGACAGCUCACUAAAAAUGCAGCUUCACAAUGAAUGUAAAAUGGAUGCUAUCCAGGAGGUGGGAGGGUCUGGGAGGGAGGGUCUGCUGCUGAUUCGGGACAUCAAUAGCACAGAAUAAUAUACAUGUAUCAAGGGGAGGCUGUUUUUUGCAGAAAGCUCUGAACUGGUUUGCUUGAUCCUACUAUAGGAAUAAAUAAAUACCUUUAUGCCAGUAAAGUAGACAUAUGGCCAUGGCAUAUAAGGGUGAGUAUAAAGAUCACCACUGACGCAUUUCAUACUUCCUCAGUGGCACAGAAUGAGUCAGUGGUGAUCCAUAUACUCCCCCUGUAUAUACUGACUGUGUAUCUGGUUUAUUUGAAUAAAUGUAUUUAUUUAGUAUUUAUUUAUCCUUAUCGUUGGAUUGAGACGGCUUUCUUCUAUAUUGAAGAGAUCAGCCAAUGCAGUUCUUCCCUGGUUUAUUCACCACAAUAGGCGAAUAGGUGUAUAGGUCACUAGCCAAUUUUCAUUCAGCUCAAAACAGCACACUUUGAAGAGUAUAAUAUCCUAUAACUUUUUUUGGGUGAUAUGUUUGUAUAACACUGCAUGUAUAAAGAUAGCUCAAUAUAUGUUUAGGUGUGAAUUAAAAUUAUCACAAACGGCACUUAUUACUCUUACAUUGUGACUCAAGGAUAGAGAUAAUUCAAAAGUAGGUUGUCAAAUAAUGCAAACUCAGAAUGCUCAAAAUGAAAGUAAAAAUUUGACUAGCAUUUUUUUUGUGCAGUUGCCAUACCCACUGACUAUUUUUUGUGGUGCAAUGUUUAUAAGUACACUAUAAAUACAUUAUUUUGAAUUGGCACAAUGACGUUAUUAACUAUAUCAGAAAAAGAUUAAGAUCCCAUGGGGACCUAGGCAGGUUACCAAUUUGGGCCCACCCCUUCAUUCUUCACAUAAGGAUGGUUAGUGGGACCACAUUUUUGGUUCUAGGGCUCCUGUCUAACCCCUGAACAUUAGGUUGCUGUCUAGGUUCCUUCUUGGUUAAUCCUGUUCUGAACUCUUUAUCCCCUCUGUAUUUUUUAUUACAUAUAACAUAUUAACUUUGCAUGCACGUGUUGCAAAUACUUUUUUUUUAGGUGCACAGGGUGUUCCCAAAUGGUCUGACUGCACAGGAAGGAACAAUUCAGAAAGGUGAUAAAGUCUUGUCCAUCAAUGGGAAGUCUCUGAAGGGCGUGACGCACAAUGAUGCGCUGGCAAUUCUUCGUCAGGCUCGUCAUCCUAAACAAGCGGUUAUUGUUGUAAAGAAAGAAAAAGAAGGAGGACAAAGUUUGGAUUCAUCAGAAAACAGUAUUCUGACUGAUAAUCUCUUGGCAUCAAGUAAGCAAUAAGCGUGUACUUGUUGAUUACUGAAGACGUCAGAGCAGUGAUGGAAGACAAUAUUACGAGGAAGUUUAGUUAAGUGACAGUUAUGACUUGAGCAGAAGAUUUUGUUUUAAAAUACAGUCUACAUGGACCACUUCCUUCCCAGCCCCAUCUAUAGAUACAGCUUAACUCCUGCUUUGCAUAGUAAAUAAUAACAAAUAGUUAUAAAGCCCCUAUUCACAUUUCCCAUUACUCCAACCCAUCUGCUCAUUUUGCAUUGGAAAAAGGUUCACUGGCAUUAUCUCCAUCUACAUCUCUGCAGAGGAACUGAAACCUACACGUUAGAGAAACAUUGGUAGAUUAGACAAGAUAAAUAUGUUAUCUAUACAGCCACUUGGUUUUACAGAUCUCACAUAUAUGUGCACCUCAUGUUUCCUCCUUUCUUUUGUACUGUCUCCUUUUAAUCUCUUGUACUCUACUUCUUUAUGGACAUGCAGCAUGACAUCCCAACUUUUUUUUCAAUUAGCCUGUUUCUGUUUUCACUCUUGGAACUGGAUGUUAUGCAAUUGGAUACUUGUCUUUUUUUCUUUGCCUUCCUGUGUAAAAUAUUGCAUAAUUGGAAUACAAAUGUAUCUUGUUCAAAAAAGAAGCAACUGUACUUAUACAUUAUAUAUAUUUUGCAAGUCAGCCUACUUUUGCCCCAGAACAGUGAAUUUGCACCGCUUUUUUGAGUUUCCACCAUAUAUAUAUUUUUUUAUUUUUUCUAUUAUAGAUUCGGAUGAUUCUGGGGAGGUAAUUGCAGUCACGCUUGAAAAGUCUUUGGCUGGUUUAGGAUUCAGCUUGGAUGGAGGAAAGGGCUCGGUUCAUGGAGACAAACCAAUAGUCAUCAAUAGAAUCUUUAAAGGUUUGUUUGGGUGAAUUGUGAUAAAAAACUAACAUUUUCAAACACUGAUUAAGAUUACAUUAGUGACCCUCCAACUCUGUCUUCAAUCAAGGCAAUACAAAUAGUUUUUUGUUUUACUAUUAUCUCAGGUUUGUAACAGGAAACAUAUAACUUGGUGUAUGUCUUCUGUAAUGUAUAAUGUUUUUUGUUUAUGCAGGUUAGUAUUUUAUGUAAACUGUUUGCUUUUUUAAUAUAAUUUAGUAUUUGUGUAUUUUCUAGCUAUAAUUGUAUGAGAUUGGGCCUUGUUUUGAAGGGAAACUAUAGUCACCAAAACAACUUUAGCUUAAUGAAGCAGUUUUGGUGUAUAGAUCAUGUCCCCGCAGUCUCACUGCUCAAUUCUCUUCCAUUUAGGUAGAUACAUCUGUUUAUGCAGCCCUAGUCACACCUCUCUGCAUGUGACUUACACAGCCUUCCUAAACACUUCCUGUAGAAAGUCAUCUAAUUUUUACACUUCCUUUAUUGCAAACUCUGUUCAAUUUAAAAAAAAUGUAUCUCCUACUCUGUUAAUAGCUUGCUAGACCAUGCAGGAGUCUCCUGUAUGUAAUUAAAGUUCAAUUCAUAAGGAAGGUGAUAAAUACUUCUAAAGUAAAUAGCAUCUGAUUGAAAGUGAAAACCUCCUUUUUCAUGCAGGCUCUGUCAAUCAUAGCCAGUGGAGGUGUGGGUAAGGUUGCAUAAACAGAAACAAAGGUUAUUUAACUCCUUAAUAGCAGAGAAUUGAGCAGUGAAACUCCAGGGGUAUGAUCUAUACCCUUAAACUAUUUCAAUAAGCUAAACUUGUUUUGGUGACUAUAGUGUUCCUUUAAUUAUAAUUACCUCCCUUGAUUUAUUUUUUUCUUAUCUCAGAAGGGUUAAUUGGCUUUGUGUAGCUCAAAAAAGUCGCUUCUAAUCUUAGUAAAUAAAUUAUUUACCAGAAAUAAAGAGAAUCUGUAAGAUAUAGAAUCUCUGGUAUAAAUGACAUAUCUAUAAAAAUUAAACUAGGAACUAUUAGUUAGAUUAAAGAGGUCCAUCUUCCUUCUGCAGGCGUAUUGCCCACUAAGAUGAUUAAAUCACGGAAUAAGUGAUUUUUUUUUUAGAUGUUCUAAUAAAGAGAUUAAUAUUACUGUAUCUACAAAAUUCACAUAUAUACAAUACAAUCAAUGAAUCUAUAUUGCACCGAAUAAAUGUAUCCAGCGUUUAGAGAACACUUAAAGUGUAAUACAAACUCAAUUUUAGAAAUGUGAAUAAACUUAAGGAAGCAUCAGGAAAUGAGGGCUUUGUUUGGCAGAUUACAGUCUUUAUAUACAAUAUGUAAUGUGCAUACAUAAAUAUAAAUUGUUAUGCUGCCAAAUAUGUUUAAAUUACAUCUCAAACUACUUAGUGAGCAUAGAAACCAAAUACAAAUGUUGAGAAGUGAUAUGUUUUAUUUCUCUAGAAGUAACACAUGAGGGCAGUAGUGUGCUGGCCAUACAGAGUGCAAAUCUCCACAUCCAAUGUUUGUGAGGAAAGCUUAUUUGCCUGCUCAAAGGCAUACGUGUAAGACACGCACAUGUAAAGAGGACAAUAUUAUAAGAACAGAACACUAUAUGGCAACAUUAAUCUUGGCAGUCAGUACGCAGAUUGGGCACCAGGCCAAAAACAUAUGUGGCAUACUCACAAGGCAGGCAAUAUCAUACGGCUACAUUUGCUCAACACGCACCCACAUAUACAACCCCCACACACUUACACACAACUCCCGUUAAACACAUGCAGCUAUGCCUACCUUUCCUCACACACAUGCAUCCCUCCAACACAUACAUGCAGCCCUCACUUGCUGUCAAACACUCAAUUUCCAUCCAACACAUGCAGCCUUCCCCCACAAUUCCACAAAUUUUGCACUGUGCAUUCUACAAUAAAAUUCACUUUUUCUUCUGCAGGUGUGUCAGAAAAGAACAAUGCUGUGCAGUCUGGGGAUGAAUUACUGCAGUUGGGAAACAUCACUUUGCAAGGUCUAACAAGGUUUGAAGCGUGGACGGCCAUCAAGACCUUACCCAACGGUCCUGUCCAGGCCAUUAUUAGGAGAAGUGGCACUGAUUUCUAGUAUGAGGGACUGAUGGACAACACGUGACCAAAAUUAACAAGUGAAUUCAGUACUAUCACUGAUUCUUGCUACUGCUACACGCAUAGGCAGAUCUGCUUUGACCUUGGCGAACGACUUUGUGAUGAUGACACUCCAAAUCUUUGUGAACUAUAUGUCCCAUUGUUCUGAGGCCUCCUAAUGGCUGGCUGAGCAUGAGGGCAAAUGUAGUUUAUGAUCACCUGGUGUUCCAAAGUUAGCUAUGGCUGCCCAAUUUUGGUCUAAUGGUGAUUUUGUAAUAACCUGGUAACAGUUUAUCUCCCUGUCUAUACAUAGAAGUAAAUAACUUCAUGGAAGCUCAAACUCACUGACAUCGUAUAUAGUGCCGGUAUGUCCCUGGCAUAUUAAAAAAAAGCCUUACCAAUAAAAUGAAUGUAAUUUGUGCCAUUUGAACAAUGAAUAGGAAGACUUAUAUAAACCUGGGAAUAAGUAAAUCAACAGACACUUUGUGCAUGAUGGUAUUCUCCAAAUAGACUUUAUAUGUACACAUAUACCCUUUGUGUCACUAUACCCCACUCACUCUAGAAUGAGCAGAGCCCUCCACCUGUCUGUUCCUGUACAUCCAGUUGUCUGGUUACAAUUACAUGUCUGUUAGUCCACCCAUUGUACAGCACUACGGAAUCUGAUGGCGCUAUAUAAAUAAUAAAAUAAUAAAUAAAUAAUAAAAUAAUAAUAAUACAGGAAACAUAAAGAUCACUCUCUCUACAUACAGUAUAUAAAAACAAAAAAGUUAAGUGCUAUCUUUAAAGUGCUUUAAAGGUAUAUACACUGAACUACUGCAGCAACAGUGCACGAUAAGUGGUAUUUUAUUGGCACCAAAAGCACUGCACUAAAGAUAGCGCUGCACUUUUUAGUAUUUUUAUGUUGAUUGUUUGGGAAUGUUAAGAGGAAUUGCAUACUGACGUGUGACAGCAGCUGAUGUAUAAUCUUUUAUUGUUAUUAUUAUAGUCUGUGUUAGGGGAUAUCUACUAAAUAGCGCUUUUGUACUGUGCAGUCACCGUGUUGUUACUAUACAUUCAGUAUAACAUACAAUAUACAGUAUGCAUUAGAAACACGUUCAGAGACACAUACAUCCAAAAAUAGCAAAGCAAGAAAUAAAUAGACAUCUAGGUUUAAAUCAAGGAAGCUGAGUUGUUGAAAUUUCCAUGUUUCAGGUUUUAUCUGAAGGCCACUAAAAUUAAUAUUUUCAAGUUGGGUAAAUAAAACCCAUAAAUUCAUGACAUAAUUGGAACAUUUCAACAUAUUAAUCUUGGCAUAUCUAGAUUUGUAUUUUAAAAAUCAUCUUCUCCCCUUGUGAUCUGACUCGUAAUGGUUUUUCUACAUACCUUCCUAUGGAUACUUAAAAAAUAUUUUAGUUCAUAUAUCCCAUCUGGUGUAAUAUAUAGAUAUGUCAAACUAUGUGCAACAAAUAUAAUUAGAUGUAUUUCCAUUUCUAUGCUGUGAUCAUGUUAUUUGUUGGACUUAUGUGGCCUUUUACGUUUUAGUAUCUGUUUUAAUAUACUGUUCCACACACACAUAAGAAAUCAAUGUGUUAAAUGCAAUUUUGCAUAUAAUGUUUUUGCAGAUUGAAUUAUCUGUAGAUAUGAUCACAGUAAUCAGAAUUGCUUGAAAUAUAUAUGAGAACAGCAUAUCUCUUUUCAUUGUGUAACAGUAACAAUGACCAGAUUUAUACAGUAUAUAUAUAUAUAGUUGAACUCAGGGCAAUCUUAGAUUCCCACAAAUGGAACGUAGAGAAGUAACCAUUCAACCAGCAACUGUGGGCUGUUUUCUGCUGGUUAGCCAUUGAAUUCAUUGAAGUAAUAUAAGACUUGGACCAGGAGACCCAAGCAUCUAUAUUUCAAUAUAUAUCCAACUGAUCUUACUUAGGUCUGAUCCAAUGAGGUAUAUUAGAAUGUUCUCUCCUAAACGUAAACCUUCUUUCCCAUGCUUGACCUAGCAAACAUGAGGAUACUUUUUUUAAAAGUGCAUGGAUUUACUAUUUGGAGCUGAUCUUAAUGUAUUAUUCCUUAAAAUGUAAGGAAGAUGAGAAGCUGAUGUAGUUAGUGAAACCAUUUCAUUCUUUUAGUUAAAAAUCCAUAUAUAUGAACUAAUUUCACCUACAAAAUUAAAAGUAAAAUAGUAAAUGUAUAAUAGGGACAUGAAGUCGUUAUUUUUAUCUGUAAAUUGCCUACAUUGAAACACAUAGGGCCCCUACAUGUAUUUAUACCUGGAACCAUUUGUGAUUCAGUGGACGAAUAUAUCUUCCUACCAAGGACAAGUUGACAAAUUUCAUACCAUAUAAUAGUUUCAUAUGCUUUAUAAACGCCAACAAGCCAUUGUUUACUAUUAGAAUGGGUUUAUAUUUCUCAUUCCAGGUGGCCAUAUGUGUUACUGCAGUUAAAAAGAACAGCUCUGCUGCUUUGCAGUGUUUGUGGUGGAUAGUUAAUGUUUAUGAUUGGUGGUCCAAAAGGUAAAUGGUUAGUGUGAAUAGUUAGACCUGUCCAAAUGGGACGUAGGAUUGUCUUUAAAUUAGGCUCAGCUAAGAGAACAAUAGAUACGACUUAACAUUUAUCUUUCCCACAUAAGAAAAUGGUAAUACCACAAAGGCUCAAUAACUAAUUGUCAUAGACAUCAAGAAAGUAACGAGGUAUGCUUAUACCACAUCACAUUCUUUAUAUUCUAUACAUUCUAUACCACAUCACAUAGCUUUAGGAAUACAAACAAAUACAGUCCUAACACUAUAAUGCUAUAUUACCUAUCUGAAUUAUUCAGCCACCAGCAUAAGUUAUAUAAAUGCAACCCCCCCCCCCCCCCCAGCAAGGCCAUCCUGCCCCUGGCAGACAUCAACAAUACUGAGAAUCUCAGCCAAUCCAAUGCUUUGAAUUGGGAAGUAUUGGAAGGUUAAUGUGCGUCACCAUGCUCCAACCAAUCAGCAUCUCCUAACAGAGAUGCAUUGAAUCUCUAUGGGGGAUGUUCAGCAUCUCCAUGCAGAGUGUGGAGACGCUGAACGUUGGCCCUGCUCUGCAGGACCGAAACCCAUGAAUCCCCUAUGCAGGCUGUUCGUGUAACUACCACUAGAGGUGGUGUUAAGCAGCAAUGUAGACACUGCCUUUUCUCAGAGAAGGUAAUGUUUACAUAACUUUGCUUAGCUUGCAGGGACAGGCUAUAUGCCCUAGAACCACAACACUAAGCUGUAGUGGAUCUGGGAACCUAUAGUGUCUCUUUAAGAUUACAAUAAAUCAAUGGUAAAACAAAAACACAAUAAGUAACACAGUGUUCCAUUGCUAAGGGUGCUUGCAGAAAUGCAUAGUAAAGUCAAAAAGACAAAACACGAUUUCUUGGAGACAUAGCGUCCCAAGGAUUCUAUGGAGUUGAUGCACAACAGUAAUUUUUGUAUUUGCAAAAUUGUCAUAGUAAUUCAUUACUCUUAUCUCUCUUUAUCGUUAAACAAUUAUUUCCAAAUGAAUGUGCUAUGCAUUAAAUAUUUACCUGGAAAGAGUUAAUCAUUUUUAUAAUUUUAUGACUGUGAAAUGCCAUAAAAUGAUCACAAAUGUAGGCUGAAAUUUAAUGUUCCAAUAUUCAUUAGCUGCUGUUGCGAUCCACUGAGCUGUAUGAAAGUUGCAAUUACUAGCUUAAUAGCGCCAUAACAUUUUGGGAAAAGGUAUAUUUCUAUGCAAAUGAAGACUGAAUGCAGCAGAUGGCACCUGCUAUAGAUAAGAGCCAUGUUCCAGAAUUUUAUACUUUGCAUUUUUAUGAAGAUAGAUUAUUUUUUUUUGAAACCAAAGAAUCAAAAAACAAAACAAAAAAUAUAUUAUAACAUGAUGACUGUUAACAAUGAAUACACUUUAGAAACUACAAAGCCAAGUUGGAGAUUUAUCAAAGACAAGUGUAGGGUUUACACUUACUUGCGCUUGUUUGCUUUAAAAUAUUAGCAUUUAUUUGAAAAAUUGAAUGGGUUGAACAUGAAUGUUGGAUAAAACAGCAAGUUUUAUUUUUAUAAUUAAUUCCAGCCUGGAAUAAAUCUACCUUCAAAGGUUAUUUGAAAUCUUUGACAGAGCGGCAUAUUGUAUUAGGGUGCAUACCCAAAUAAAAUUAUAAACAAAAUUUUACUUAAAAAUUGUUCAUUUGAAAAUUUAGGUGGAUGAUAAUUUUUGUUUGCUAAAGCAAUACCUCCCAGAUGUAAACAGACAUAAUUCAAUAAUGUUAGAAAACUCUGCUAAAAUUCCCAUAAACAUUAACAGUGACUUCUGUAGAUAAAACAUUUGUAACGUUUCUCUAACAGUAGUGAAUCAUGUUGGAAAGUUUUGUAGUGAAUCAUGCUGGAACGUUUAUUAAAUUGAGGGUAUAGUCAUGAUUUUUAUUUUUUAAUUAAAAAAAAAAAAAGGUUACUUAAAAUUCUUAUGGAAGUGUCUACAGAGAUCUAACAGAGGACAGGUAGGAGAAUUUGGCCCUGCAUUAGGCUGUGCCCGGCUAUUCUCAACACAACCUUUGCAUACAUCCAUGAUCUCAAACAUGUUUAAUUGUAACAAUUAACCCGUGAAUGUUUAGAGAUCAAUAACAAUGCCUUAGUGAGAAAUAAUUUAGAUUUUCGUGCCUGGUGCAAAGCAAAUCAAUGGACUGGCCAAAUAUGUGAUACUUAGAGCGCUAAUAGUCUUGAUGCUUGACAGCAUGCAUUAUUUUACAAUCUAAACAGCUACAUGUAGAACUCAGCUGCACAUUGCUAAAUUAAAAUAUAUACAGCUUAGAAUACAAAUUGUGAUGUAGCCCAUCAUCACUUUCUUUUACUAAAACUAUUCACAGGGGUUGAUAUUUAUAAAAUUUAUUUUAAAAAAAUUAAUGAUUAAAAAAAAAAAAAAAACUUGGGUCAGAAUUCUUCAAUGUGUCAUUGACCCUAAUAUAAGCUUUACUUCUAGAUCAUUAGAAAAUCAUUUAUCUAAUAAUGCAUUUACCCUAAUUGCCUUGGAACAUAUUAUGCUACUGGAAUAGUGACACACAUCUAACUUUUCUCUUGAAAAGUAUACAUUCUUCUGAAUCUAAUAACAGUUAAACAAAAAUCAAACAAACAAAAAACACAUUUAAAAAAAAUGAAAAAGAAGAGCUGAUGUGUGUUUUUUAUCAUUAUCGGAAAAGCACACGUCACUAUGUUGUUUAUUUGUUUAUGUACCAUGUGAGCCAAUUGUCCCCUAACCAAUCCUUACUGCCACUACUGGGUUUAAGAGGUUCUGUUCAUAUCCACUGAAGCACUGAUGCAGGAUUGGGUAAUCUAAAUCUAUAAUCCUUGGUAGUUUUUAUUUUUAAUGAAGGACUAUUAGAGGUGCAGUUUGUUCAAGCUUAAUUCAAUAGUCGCAAUCUGUUUAUAUAGAAUAGGUUCAUUUUAGUCAUUACUCGGGCUUGUACGUUAGGCAGUAUAGUUAUAGAGCCAUGCUGUGUAAAAUAAAAGUUGAACUUAGAAGAAUUUAAAGUUAAAUUUGCUGCACACUGCACUGGUAUUUAAAAGGUUAAAAUUGAGUUGAAUCCCCAUAUAUUCUGCACAGCAAGUACAGGCACUUUGAAUGUAGCAUCAUUUUGCUGGUGGUGGUAAACUUAAUUUCCUUUGGCAAAACUGAGACUAAACAUCUUACCCUUUACCACUAAAGUCAAUUUUGCAAUAUGAAGAAAAAAUAGAAUAUACAGUAUGUUACACUUAAAAGCCUUCAUUAACCCCUUAAGGACCAAACUUCUGGAAUAAAAGGGAAUAAUGACAUGUCACACAUGUCAUGUGUCCUUAAUGGGUUAAAGUGCAAGAAUUCAAGACGACUUAGCUCUAUCUUUCAAAUGAGACAUGUGAGGGAACCUGCAGCUGCUAAACAUGUUGAAAAUACGCAAAACUGGAUUUAGAAAUAAAAAUUAUCCUAAACCUAUGCUGUUACGAUUGCCAUUUUUGUAAAUAUUCAAACUGUGUAUGUAAGCAGUAUUUGUAAAUACGUCAUUUUUAAAAUUGCUAAUAAAGUCUAAUUUUUCUGUUAAAA